AUGGAUUUCUCAUCAUUGCUCUUCUUUCAGAGCUCCUCCAAUGGCGUGAGACUUGGGACGCCCAACAGAGCCACCAUCACCAUCCUGUCCAAUGACAAUGCCUUCGGAAUCAUCUCCUUCAACUCCGUAAGAAACAUCUAUCUGUCUAGUGUUGAUUCUUGCUUAUAGCCUACAUUCCAUUUCAACCAGUUCCGUUUUAACCUUCAAUGAAUGUAAAGGGAAUCCCAGGUACUGACCAUUGGGAAUAUAAGGUUUUAUUUUAGUUUAAAUCUGUCUCACUCUGCCGUCUUGUUUAUUAUUAUACAGGGAGAAUUUUACAAGAGAGCAAGUAGGGAGUAUAAUUUGGCUACCUACUACAGUACGUACCAUGCUAGAUUGAGAGGGAAGGCUUUAGUCACAGUCAGGAUAAGGAAAUUAGGCUUUGGCCAGGGGUGGGGUGGGGCCAGGGGUGGGGUGGGGCAAGGGGUGGGGUUCAAAUGCCACAGAGGGGAUCCAUGCAGAUGGUUGUGCAGGAGGAUUCUGGGGUUGCCAGGGGCAGCACAACCACAACAGCUGCAGUUUGCUCCUAGGAUUAACUUGUCAGUGGGAGUUUUGAGGGUUACUAUGGUAACCAUAGUAUUGGGUCCUGCCUGCACCCCCCUUAGGGUCUUAUUCGGGAUCAUUAUUUUGCUUCUUGGAAAUCAAAGAAGUCUCUCUGCCUCCGGAAUUAUGAUUCUGAAACAUGUUUUAUUUUUGUUUAGUUUUAGAGUCAAUAUGCUCAUAAUGUGGUCUAUGAAGGUUGUAGUCUUGUGGAGAGGAACUAAUUCAUUUCAUAAUCACUAAAGACAAUGUUAAUUCUCUCUCUCUCUAUAUAUAUAUAUGUAUAUUUAUAUAUAUAUAUAUAUAUAUUAAUAAAUAUAUGUAUAUAUAUUUAUAUAUAUAUAUAUAUAAUAUAUAUAUAUUAUAUAUAUAUAUGUAUAUAUAUGUAUAUCUAUAUAUAUAUAUAUAUAUAUAGAUAUAAUAGAUAUACGCUAUUGUAUCUCUAGCCUAAUGAUAGAUAUAUAACUGAUAUAUAGUAAUAUAUAUAUAGAGAUAGAGGAUAUAUAUAUAUGAUUUGAUAUAUGAUUAGAUAUAUAUAUAGAUCGUAUAUAUUAUAAUAUAUAUGAUAUAUAUCAAUAGAUAGAUAUUAUAUAUAUCGAGUAUCUAUAUAGAAAUAUAGUAUAGAUAUAUAUGUCAAUAUUACUAUAGAGAAUAGACUAUCAUUAUCUUUAUAGAGUAUCUCUAUAUCUCACUCUCUAUAUCUAUAUUAUAUCUAUAUCUCUAUCUCUCUCCUACUAUAUCUCUCUCUAUCUAUCUGUUCUCUCUCAUCUAUCUCUCUUCUCUCUCUCUCUUCUCUCUCGAUCUCUUGUCCUCUCUUCUUCUCUAUCUCUCUCUCUUCUGUCUCUCUCUGUCUCUCUCUCUCUCUCUCUCUCUCUCUCUCUCUCUUCUCCUAUCUGAUCUCUCUCUCUCUCUCUCUCUCUCUCUCUCUCUCUCUCUCUCUUGUCUCUCCUCCAGACUGAACAGAUCAUUGUGGAUGAGCCUAGAGGGAGGAACCAGUAUGUGCCUCUCAGCCUGGUCAGAGAGAAGGGGACAUAUGGGACAGUGACGGUCAACUUUGAGGUGAGGUCACUGUAACAGUAACUGACCCCUGUUUGACCUCCCUGUGGUUAGGUCACGUCAGAUCAUUAGGCCGGUUGCAUUUUAGUAUGGAUGUCCAUCUGUCACCCGGUCUACUUAUGCCAGCCACACACACACACACAUGCACUGAUGCAUAGCACACACACGCACACACGCACAUGCACACGCGCACACACACAUGCAGAUACUCACUUUUCAGAUAAACGUAUUCCUGUCAUUCUGAUGACUAUAUGUGAGCAAUAUGUUGUGGUUUUUACAUGGGCAGAUCUCUGGAGGCCCUAACCCUGCCCUGGAGGACCUCAGUCCAGACCGGGGGAACAUCACCAUUCCACCUGGACAGGCUUUGGUGGUCUUCAGCAUCCUCAUCCAGGAUGACCAGGUACCCAGUCCUCUCCACCCCUUCUACAUGCUAUCACUUACACCUUUUACCAGACAGCUUCACAUCAAACACAUGGAUCAUCUGAAGCAUUCUUUUGCAGGCUAAGUAAACCCAGAGUUACAUAUCAGUAAACCAUUGAGAUAACACUACAGUUGAAGUUGGAAGUUUACAUACACUUAGGUUGGAGUAAUUAAAACUCGUUUUUCAACCACUCCACACAUUUCUUGUUAACAAACUAUAGUUUUGGCAAGUCGGUUAGGACAUCUACUUUGUGCAUGAUACAAGUAAUUUUUCCAACAAUUGUUUAUAGACAGAUUAUUUCACAUAUAAUUCCCUGUAUCACAAUUCCAGUGGGUCAGAAGUUUACAUACACUAAGUUGACUGUGCCUUUAAAUUGCUUAGAAAAUUCCAGAAAAUGAUGUCAUGGCUUUAGAAGCUUCUGAUAGGCUAAUUGACAUAAUUUGAGUCAAUUGGAGGUGUACCUGUGGAUGUAUUUCAAGGCCUACCUUCAAACUCAGUGCCUCUUUGCUUGACAUCAUGGGAAAAUACCAAGACCCCAGCCAAGACCUCAGAAAAACAAUUGUAGACCUCCACAAGUCUGGUUCAUCCUUGGGAGCAAUUUCCAAACGCCUGAAGGUACCACGUUCAUCUGUACAAACAAUAGUACGCAAGUAUAAACACCAUGGGACCACGCAGCCGUCAUACCGCUCAGGAAGGAGACGCGUUCUGUCUCCUAGAGAUGAAUGUACUUUGGUGCGAAAAGUGCAAAUAAAUCCCAGAACAACAGCAAAGGACCUUGUGAAGAUGCUGGAGGAAACAGGUACAAAAUUAUCUAUAUCCACAGUAAAACGAGUCCUAUAUCGACAUAACCUGAAACGCUGCUCAGCAACGAAGAAGCCACUGCUCCAAAACCGCCAUAAAAAAAGCCAGACUAUGGUUUGCAACUGCACAUGGGGACAAAGAUCGUACUUUUUGGAGAAAUGUCCUCUGGUCUGAUGAAACAAAAAUAGAACUGUUUGGCCAUAAUGACCAUCGUUAUGUUUGGAGGAAAAAGGGGAUGACUUGCAAGCCGAAGAACACCAUCCCAACCGUGAAGCACGUGUGUGGCAGCAUCAUGCUGUGGGGGUGCUUUGCUGCAGGAGGGACUGGUGCACUUCACAAAAUAGAUGGCAUCAUGAGGAAGGAAAAUUAUGUGGAUAUAUUGAAACAACAUCUCAAGACAUCAGUCAGGGAGUUAAAGCUUGGUCGCAAAUGGGUCUUCCAAAUGGACAAUGACCCCAAGCAUACUUCCAAAGUUGUGGCAAAAUGGCUUAAGGACAACAAAGUCAAGGUAUUGGAGUGGCCAUCACAAAGCCCUGACCUCAAUCCUAAAGAAAAUGUGUGGGCAGAACUGAAAAAGCGUGUGCGAGCAAGGAGGCCUACAAACCUGACUCAGUUACAAUGCUACCAAAUACUAAUUGAGUGUAUGUAAACUUCCGACUUCAACUGUAUAUAUUCCCAUAUUAUAUACCUAAUGUAUCAAAUAAUCAUAUGCACUGCUGCUACUCUAUUUGUCAUAUAUCCUGAUGCUGAGUCACCUUACCCCUAUACAUAUUAAAAAACAAAACUAUGUUUUAAGUGAGAAUAGGCAUUGGUCUGAAGCUGAAAAAUAAAGGAAAUUCACAUGAGCACCACAAUACCUAUACCACCCAUGCUCUACCAAGGUUUUCCAGCACACAGCUUUGACCCACUACAGUAGCUAUGUUGGUAUUAUACUUCAAACUAUGUGUAGGCAGGUUUCUUAGGAUUCAAACCUUUUCAAACAGCCUCAUUCAUACUCUUAGAGGAGGUGCUUUCACAAUAAUGUGAUUUGUACCGCAUACAAAGUUAAGUAUUGGAUUCUUCAUACACCACAGUAAGACAUUAUCCCAUUCCACUACCUUUUCAUGCUUUUGCUUUUAUACUUACAGCUUUUAUUUUAUACUUACAAGACCAUUAGGCAUGAUUGAACUGUUUUGUCUUGUAAUAAUGUGGUGCAUACCUUUAUUUUAGCAAAACAUGUCAUGAACAAAAAAAAUUAUAACAUCCUUUUUUGGUCAGUAGGUGCCCAACAUAACAACAGGUUGUGGUGUGUUGGACAAAGAUAGAGCCUGUCUGCAUUCCUGAUUUCUGUAACUGUUAGCUUACCUGUGUAAUAUUGACAGAAGCUCAGAACUACUUGUGUUUCAAACAUGGUCCUGUUUUAUCAAUUGCUGUGCUGAUCAAUGGACAGUUCGUUACCUCUGUCAAAAUAAUGUGUAGCUUAAAGUAAUUUUAAUAGCAGGGUUCUGUAAAGUCCAUUAUCCCUCUGAAGAGUAUGAAUUAGGCUGUUUGAGAAGGUUUGAAUCCUAAGCAACCUGCCUACACAUAGUUUGAAGUACAAUACCAACAUAUCUACUGUAGUAGGUCAAAGCUGUGUGCUGCAAAAGCUUGGUAGAGCAUGGGUGGAAUAGGCAUCGUGGUGCUCAUGUGAAUGUCCUUUAUUUUUUCAAUGGUUUUUACACCGGAUGGUGAUUAUGGAACAUUAUUAUACAACUAUAAUACAGCAUGAAACAUGCUCUCCUGUUGUGCGUUUAAUAGAUUUAAUUUAUUGAUGAGAUCCCAGCUCAUAACCCUACUGAUCAAUGCUCAAAGCAAAUUGGCAAGAGCAAGGUAACAAAGAUUGAAGCAAAUAUUUACUAUGCGAUUACAAAAUGUAGCUGGCUAGAUGACUACAGGAGCGUGAAAUAUGGAUGAGCUGUUCUCAAUGGAAGGGUUCUGACUAAUUCUCUCUUGACAAGGCGUGACCGCGAAAAUAUCAUAUUCAUCCACCUUGGUGGAAACGACUUGGGACAAACAAAGGGGACAGCCCUGGUCCGUCAGAUGCGAGCUGAUUUUGGAGGUAGUCAUCGGAAUGUUCCCCAGGACAACAGUGGUCUACUCUGACAUCACGGAGUGGAGGAGUUGGAUGUUCCAGUGGGAGGAGGACUUAACAAGCGCUUAGAGAUGGUCCAUCGCUCUGUCAACCAGCUGGUCCACAAUCUGCCACUUUUCCAUAAAUCACUGUAUCACAGGGCAGUACCAUAGGCAAGGUUUCCCAAACUCAGUCCUGGGGCUCCCCAUGGGUGCACGUUUUGGUUUUUGCCCUAGCACUACACAGCUGAUUAAAAUAAUCAAAGUUUGAUGAUGAGUUGGUUAUUUGAAUCAGCUGUGUAGUGCCAGGGCAAAAAACAAAACAUACACCCAAUGGGGGCACCAGGACCGAGUUUGGGAAACCCUGCCGUAGGGAUGGCGUGUAUCUCAAGGAUUAGGGCAACGAUCUCUUCCUUGAGAGUCUGAGAGCUGGUCUCUCCUCCGUUCUAGAAAGUCGCACGCAGUAGUACACACCACCACACUCACCGCCAUUUGCCUGCCCACGAACCCAAAGCCACCUAAUAAAAUAAAAUAAGUGUUACGGGAGGGGGCUGUCAAAACUGUAAACUAAAGAAUGGUCAAAAUAUGUCCACCGGGACGCGAACGCACAAUGUUCUGAUCCACAAGCAUCAACUCUAACCAUUACACUAUGAAUCCUGUUCUAAACACAUUGACUUCGAUAGACCAUUUAAAUGUCUACAAUCGUUCGUUCCAAAAUAAUUUUGUUAAUUCACUGAGUAGUGACUACACGUUUAUUUAUCUUGCUUGGUUAAAAUACAAUAGUCUAAAACAGUUGAUUUGUUGAAAACAGACUCAUUUAUUCACGUAGUUAACAAGCAUUUCCUUUUCUUUUGACUGCAACCUGAUCUCAUAGCAUUUUGUAUUAUUCUGUACGUGAAUUCGAGACAAUCAAUUUAGUAUGAUAUGUAACGUUUCGUAUGGUAUGUAUUAAUUUAUGGUUGUCCAUCAUUCAUUUCGCAUGAUAUAUUAUGAAUUACAAUUCGUAUAAUAUGUUAUGAAUUGCAAUACGUAUAAUAUGUUAUGAAUAGCAAUUUGUACGAUAUGUUAUGAAUUUUCAAAAGUAUGAUAUGUUACGAAUUCCCAUUUGUAUAUAUUGGCUAACGUUAGCUAGGUGGCUAAUGUUAUCUAGGCUAGGGGUUAGGGUUAAGGUUAGGAGUGAGGUUAAAGGGUUAAGGUUAGGGUUAAGGUUAGGAGUUAUGUUAAAGAUUAAGGUUAGGGUUAGGGUUAGGGGAAGGGUUAGCUAUCCUUCCACCCCGAACAGCCACCCUCGUUUUUGCCAUAAAGUAGAAUUUUCCUAUUUCUGAAGUAAAUCCCUAUUUUGAAUGUAAAUGGCAUGUUAUAUAUUGAAUGGGCCACAGACUUUUUUUUGUGAUUUCUUUUUUUUAAAUAAACUUACCCCAGCCGUGAUUCACUUCCUCAUUGCUCGUUGUGCAGUAUCAGGGAACACAAAAUACAUGAACAAGCUCCAAAAACACCCAAAUAUGUCCUUUUAGAAAUGGACACGCUCUCAGUAUAGUGAUGUAGGUCUUUAAUCAAAUCAAAUCAAAUUUUAUUGGUCACAUACACAUAUUUAGCAGAUGUUAUUGCGGGUGUAGCGAAAUGCUUGUGUUCCUAGCUCCAACAGUGCAGUAGUAUCUAACAAUUCACAACAAUACACACAAAUUUAAAAGUGAAAGAAUGUAAUUAAGAAAUAUAUAAAUAUUUGGACGAGCAAUGUCGAAGUGUCAUUAACUAAAAUACAGUAGAACAGAAUACACUAUAUACAUGAGUACAUGAGUAAAGCAGUAUGUAAACAUUAUUAAAGUGACUAGUGUUCCAUUAUUAAAGUGACCAGUGAUUCCAUGUCUAUGUAUAUAGGGCAGCAUUCUCUAAGGUGCAGGGUUGAGUAACCGGGUGGUAGCCAGCUAGUGAUGAUUAUUUAACAGUCUGAUGGCCUUGAGAUAGAAGCUGUUUUUCAGUCUCUCGGUCCCAGCUUUGAUGCACCUGUACUGACCUUGCCUCCUGGAUGGUAGCGGGGCGAACAGGCCGUGGCUCGGGUGGUUGAUGUCCAGACCGCACCAACCUCUGGAGAGCCCUGCGGUUGCGGGCGGUGCAGUUGCCGUACCAGGCGGUGAUACAGCCCGACAGGAUGCUCUCAAUUGUGCAUCUAUAAAAAAAAAGUUUGUGAUGGUCUUAGGGGCCAAGCCAAAUUUCUGUCCCUCAACACCCUCUACAAAUGAUUUAUCUGUAUAUUCAACAGAAAUGGUUGCGAUAAUUGUUGAAUUGCAAUGGAUAGAGGAGGUGCAACCAAGACAAGUAGUAAUAUGUUCAAACUCUGCAUCGGUUUUGUGUAGUUUAAGAUCAGGAAAGUCAGAAUGUGAGGAUUUAUGGUUAGAAAUAAUUAUGCUGUUGUUGGCUUACAAAUAAAUUGUGUUGAAAUUCUGUUCUGUUGGAUUCCGGCUCAUACAGGAGUUUAUGGAAAUUAUAUAGUAGAUAUAUAAGCAAAAACACCUGUGAAAAAUUAUAUUGUGGAUAUACAGGUGCAGUUGGGUAGAUUAAAACAUUGAUUCGGAAAAAGGGGGUAGAUUGCAGGCAGAGACAAUGGGAUACAAGUAGUACCAAAUCAAAUCAAAUCAAAUUGUAUUUGUCACAUGCGCCUAAUACAACAGGUGUAGACCUUACAGUGAAAUGCUUACUUACAAGCCCUUACCCAACAAUGCAGUUUUAAGAAAGAAUACCCCAAAAAAUCACUCAAAAAUAAAAAAAAAUUAAUAAUACGAAAUAAAAGUAACAAAUAAUUAAAUAGCAGCAGUAAAAAUAACAAUAGCGAGGCUAUAUACAGGGGGUACUGGUACCGAGUCAAUGUGUGGGGGCACCGGUUAGUUGAGGUAAUUGGGGUAAUAUGUACAUGUAGGUAGAGUUAUUAAAGUACCAUGUUGUGCUGCUGCCAUGUUGUGUUGCUACCGUGUUGUUGUCAUGUUGUGUUGCUACCAUGCUGUGUUGUCAUGUGUUGCUGCCAUGCUGUGUUGUUGUCUUAGCUUUAUGUAGUGUUGUGGUGUCUCUCUUAUCGUGAUGUGUGUUUUUUCCUACAUUUUUAUUUUUAAUCCCAGUCCCCGUCCCCGCAGGAGGCCUUUUGCCUUCUGGUAGGCCGUCAUUGUAAAUAAUAAUUUGUUCUUAACUGACUUGCCUAGUUAAAUAAAGGUUAAAUAAAAUAAAAAAUAUUAAGGGCAGACAUUCUUAUAGGACAAGAAAAUCUUUAAGGGAGAUAGUGUCAUGUAAUGGAAACACAAGGGAAGUUAUGUUGUGUAGAAUGAGAUCAGGGCAUACGGGAUUGAAUUCCUCUUUGAAAUUGAUAGGGAAACAUGGUACUGGAAUGUGUAAUGGAUGUAUGGUAGAGGAAAUGGUUGAACAUGUAUUAUUAUUUUGUGAAAUGCAUGAUGGUAAAACAUCACUAAACCGUUGUUACUGUCAUUUCCCUCAGAUCCCUGAGGAUGACGAGGUGUUCACAGUCAGGCUGACGGGCGUGGCGGGCGGGGCGGUCCUCAACCCCAAUGGCAGCAGCGUGGAGCUGAAGAUCCGCCGGAACGACAGCCCUCUGCGCUUCUCCCAGUCCCAGGUGGCCGUUGCCGAGACCGCCGGGGUCAUCUCCCUGAUCGUGACCCGCGGCCUCCUGGCUGACCACGGCCGCCUGGUGGGCUCAGACGACACGGAGAUCUCCGUGGACUACGUGGUCGUCAGCGGCGACGGGGCAGGCAGCGCCACUCCAGCGGUGGAUUUCGUGGACCUGCAGGCGGUACGAACGGUGACAUUUCCCCCAUGGGUCUAUGAGGCACGUCUGCUCUUCAACAUCAGCGAUGACGAGGUGCCGGAGAUUGCCGAGUCGUUCCACGUGGUUCUGCUGGAGGAGACGGUGAGAGGAGACGCAGUGCUGAUCCAGCCCAAUACCGUGCUGGUCACCAUCGAGCCCAAUGAUAAGCCCCACGGGGUCCUGUCUAUCAGUGGCAGCCAACUCACUCAGCUAAUCAGUAUCAACGAGGAUAAGACUGACAGGUUGGUCAAACUACAGUUAGGAGGAGAAUGUUAUUGGAUCAGUGUGUCAUCUUAUAACAUUAUAGUUUCCAAACACAUUGAACCUCAACUGUUUCUGUGUCUCUGCUAUUCUCACAUCCCCACCCUCUCUUGUCCAAAAGAUUUGACGGUAUCUCCAUCGUGAGGAACGGCGGUAACUAUGGUGACAUCUCUGUCAACUGGACCAUCAGUCGGAACUCCAGCGACCGCUCGCCCGUGUCAGAUGACCUGAGCCCCGAGGCGGGCACACUGUGGUUGACGGCGGGUCAGAUGAGCGCGGUCUUGCCCUUGAACAUCACAGCUGAUGAGCUUCCAGAGGAAGCAGAGGCCUUCAUCCUCCGACUGCUGCCGGAUACUGUGCAGGGAGGGGCCGAAGUGGACGAGCCUAUGGAGGUCAGUCUGGCCUGGCUACUCACACUUCAACUAGGAUAUGAUUGGUUAGGAUUCCACUGCUGUUAAUUGAUUGAUUGAUUGAUUGAUUGGUUGAUUGGUCCAACAGUACCAAUCUAUAUUUUAAGUUUCAGUUCUAAUAAUAGAGUCUGACGAUUUGUUUUGUAUUCAGACGUAGGGUUUUCUGGUAUUUAAACCAGAUUUUAUGUUCAGUUCUGUCAUUUUGUUGAUGCUGUUGGUUUUGAGGAGCUCUGUGUUGGCUGUUGUUUAUUUGCAAUACCAAAUUCAAGCUGGGGAAGACAGAAAGUUGAAUCAGGACAGUCAGAAAGUUGCUUGUCAACCCUGGUAGCUUAGUGCCAUGUCUAGCAUUGGGCAGCGCCUGACAGAGAGGGAGGGAGGGAGGGAGGGAGGGAGAGAGGGAGGGAGAGAGCAGGUCUACUACCCACGCCCUCCUGAGGAGGUUUGCGGGGGAGGGCUACACUUGUGGGGGACACAUCUGGAGAGCAGUCCCCUCCUCUCUAGAGGAUGUGGUCGUGUGUGUGUGUGUGUGUGUGUGUGUGUGUGUGUGUGUGUGUGUGUGUGUGUUUGUGUGUGUGUGUGUGUGGGGGGGUGGCUGGAGGUGGGUGGGUGGGUGGCUGGAGACUUGGCACACACCCUGGUCCUGUACAGUAGACCCUGCUAAUACUGUCACUUCACACUGGGUGUUCCCUUAAUGUGGUUGAAAUAAUCUAAACAAAGACAAAACAACUGUGGGGGGUAUGCCUGUGUGUGUGUGUGUGUUUUUGGUUUUACUAUACUUGUGGGGACCAGAAGUCCUCACAAGGAUAGUAAAUCAAGGAAAAUUCGAACAAAUGGGGACAUUUCACCAGUCCCCACAAGGAAAAAGGCUAUUUUGGGUUUAGGGGUUAGGUUUAGGGUUAGGGUUACUAUAAGGGUUAGGUUUAGGAUUAGGAUUUAGGGUUAGGGUUACUGUAAGGGUUAGGUUUAGGAUUAGGAUUUAGGGUUAGGGUUACUGUAAGGGUUAGGUUUAGGAUUAGGGUUUGGGGUUAGGGUUAAGGGUUAGGGUUAGGUGUUAGGGAAAAUAGGAUUUUGUUUGGUCCCCACAAUGAUAGUAAAACAAAUGUGUGUGUGUGUGUAUGAGUGGGUGUGGCAGUGUGAUGUCUUUAUUACUGCCAUCUUUGUCACAGCUUCCCAUGUUGGCUAUGUGUGAAAGGAGUGGGUAGAUCUAACCCUUGUUUAUGUUAAUGCAUUAGAACACACACACACGCACACACACAGUGGUUGGACUCUCAACAUGUGGUAUCUGCUGUCCAUGUGUGUAUAAGCAGUUGACUAAGCACUGAUUGUAAGCAUUAGAAGACAACUCUUGUAGUUGAAUAAGUUCAUCAAUGUAUGUGUCAAGAGAAUACAAAUGAUUUAACACACACUCCAAAUGCUGCAAGCCUGCAACACUUGGAACCUGUCAGACAGCCAUGAGUCCUUGUCAAACAUCUACAGUAAGCCCUAGUAAAAAAGCUCAUGAAAGCUAUUCUAGCCCAUUUAAUUAAAGAGGAUGCAUCUCUAAAAUUAGCCCAGGGCUCUUUCUUUAUGACACAGAGUCUGGUGCUUUCUCCUCCUUCCCCCCCCCCCCCUUUUCCUUCCUCUCCCUCCCUCCUUCCACAGAUGAUGUUCUACAUCCAGGACAGUGAUGACGUGUACGGCCUGUUCCGCUUCCACCCGGAGGAGAACCAGACCAUCCAAAGUCAGCCCGAUGGACGCUUCCUGUCCCUUAGCUUUCUGCGGGAGGGGGGCACCCUGGGGGAGGUAGCCCUGGCCGUCCACACCCUCUACAUCCCCGCGGGGCCCGUGAACCCCGGGCUGGCCCGGGACGGGGUGCUGAACGGCAGCCGCUCUACUACUGUGCUGUUCUCUCAGGGCCAGGACCUGGCCAGACUCACCCUGCCCAUCCGCAACGAUGCCUUCCUGCAGAACGGAGCCCACUUCCUCAUCCAGGUGGGGCCAGAGGUCUCGGACGGCAACACCUUUGGGUCAAAUACUGACCCAGUCAUAGAAGUACUGUCACAGGGAGUGGGACACAGAAUUCAUACAGGGGAGGUUUUAUGUCCAUUUUGUUUGAAUUAGUGCGAAGACUUUAACAUAGCUCACCUGUGCUACUGUAUGCAAAUGUUUUUAGAAAGUGGUGAGCCACUCCAGCUUUGGAAAAUGUUGGUUGGUUCUUAGUUUUUUCAAGCUUGUCCAGAGACAUGGUUCCUCAUUUGCAUGUGUGAGAGACUUGGACCUGAGAACUGUGCUCUGGCCUGUUGCCAUGGGAUCUGUCCAAGCAUCCAAACAAACAGCCCUCAUCAGGCAGCGCUUAAAAACAAAGUACCUCCUUCACAUUCAAUAGGUCCCAAACUGCUCCCUCACACACAUGCGAAAACACACACCCCAAAGAAGAGGUAGAUUAACAGUGCUGAGAGGUCUUUGGAGAUAGGUCAUUCAUAGUGUAGUGAGAGAGUAAAGUUAAGAGAGUGGUUUAAUUGGAAUCAUGGAGGGGUAAAGAGGUACAGUACUGCACAAUAGAACACUAAUGCCUGAGAGAAAACUGCCACAUUGCAUGAACGCUUAACAUUCUGUUCCUUCCCUGAUUAACUAACUCCACAAUACCUGAAUGAAGCCCACACCUCUACUUAUACAGUAUACCACUCAUAUGAGAGUAAUGUAUUUCUUUUCUUUUUUUAAGACAUUUUUAAAGGGUUUCAUUUUCCAUUUGGCUAACACAACAAAUAAUGCGGCCUACUGGUAUUCAGGUCAUGUAUUUGAAGAUGGCUAUAGGGGAUUUGUGCUUAAUAAUCAUUGCUGUCUCUCUUUCAGCUGGAUAGUGUGGACCUGAUCAGUAUCAGCCCUCCCAUCCCAUCUGUGAGUCCUCACUUCGGAGGGGCGCUCAACCUCACCCUCACAGUCACCCCCGAAAUCGCCAAUGGGGAGAUCGGCUUCACCAGUAACACCACGGUGGUGGUGUAUGAGCCAGAGGACACCAACACUAGCACGGUACAAUGCUAACCCUCUGUCUGCAUCAAUGGCACACAUGUUUGCAUGGUACGGUACUAUGCUAACCCUCUGUCUGCAUCAAUUGCAUACAUGUUAGCAUGGUACGCUAUUACGCUAACCCUCUGUCUCUAUCAAUGGCACACAUGUUAGCACAGUACACUAACCCUCUGUCUGCUCAAUGGCACACCUGUGUAGUGUACCGUGACUCUGUUUUGAUCUGGCUGUAGAUACUGUAUGUGUGGUGAUGUUACUCUGAUGUUACAAUGAUGACUUUACCGCAAUGAAAUGUAUUUUUUAAUCGUAAUUACUGCAGUUGAAUGAUCACUACAGUACAGUGGCUUGCGAAAGGAUUCACCCCCCUUGGCAUUUUUCCUAUUUUGUUGCCUUACAACCUGAAUUAAUGAUUUUUGGGGGGUUUGUAUCAUUUGAUUUACACAACAUGCCUACCACUUUGAAGAUGCAACAUCUUUUUUAUUGUGAAACAAACAAGAAAUAAGACAAAAAAACAGAACUUGAGCGUGCAUAACUAUUCACCCUCAUACUUUGUAGAGCCACCUUUUGCAGCAAUUACAGCUGCAAGUCUCUUGGGGUAUGUCUCUAUAAGCUUGGCACAUCUAGCCACUUGGAUUUUUGCCCAUUCUUCAAGGCAAAACUGCUCCAGCUCCUUCAAGUUGGAUGGGUUCCGCUGGUGUACAGCAAUCUUUAAGUCAUACCACAGAUUCUCAAUUGGAUUGAGGUCUGGGCUUUGACUAGGCCAUUCCAAGACAUUUAAAUGUUUCCCCUUAAACCACUGGAGUGUUGCUUUAGCAGUAUGCUUAGGGUCAUUGUCCUGCUGGAAGGUGAACCUCCGUCCCAGUCUCAAAUCUCUGGAAGACUGAAACAGGUUUCCCUCAAGAAUUUACCUGUAUUUAGCGCCAUCCAUCAUUCCUUCAAUUCUGACCAGUUUCCCAGUCCCCACAGCAUGAUGCUGCCACCACCAUACUUCACUGUGGGGAUGGUGUUCUCUGGGUGAUGAGAGGUGUUGGGUUAGCGACAGACAUAGCGUUUUCCUUGAUGGCCAAAAAGCUCAAUUUCAGUCUCAUCUGACCAGAGUACCUUCUUCCAUAUGUUUGGGGAGUCUCCCACAUGCCUUUUGGCGAACACCAAACGUGUUUGCUUAUUUUAUUAUUUUCUGGCCACUCUUCCAUAAAGCCCAGCUCUGUGGAGUGUACAACUUAAAGUGGUCCUAUGGACAGAUACUCCAAUCUCCGCUGUGGAGCUUUGCAGCUCCUUCAGGGUUAUCUUUGGUCUCUUUUUGCCUCUUUGAUUAAUGCCCUCCUUGCCUGGUCCGUGAGUUUUGGUGGGCGGCCCUCUCUUGGCAGGUUUGUUGUGGUGCCAUAUUCUUUCCAUUUUUAAAUAAUGGAUUUAAUGGUGCUCUGUGGGAUGUUCAAAGUUUCGGAGAUUUUUUUAUAACCCAACCCUGAUCUGUACUUCUCCACAACUUUGUCCCUGACCUGUUUGGAGAGCUCCUUGGUCUUGAUGGUGCCACUUGCUUGGUGGUGCCCCUUGCUUAGUGGUGUUGCAGACUCUGGGGCCUUUCAGAACAGGUGUAUAUAUACUGAGAUAAUGUGACAGAUCAUGUGACACUUAGAUUACACACAGGUUAACUUUAUUUAACUAAUUAUGUGACUUCUGAAGGUAAUUGGUUGCACCAGAUCUUAUUUAUUUAUUUUGUAGCAUUCACUUCACCAAUUUGGACUAUUUUGUGUAUGUCCAUUACAUGAAAUCCAAAUAAAAAUCUAUUUAAAUUACAGGUUGUAAAUUACAGGUUGUGUGUAAUGCAACAAAAUAGGAAAAAAACGCCAAGGGGGAUGAAUACUUUUGCAAGGCAUUGUAUGUUUGAACAGCAAUUUGCAGGUCUUGUUUCAUGUAAGGUAGCUACAGUGCUUAUAAUGGAAAGGCAUCUUAUCCUACGAGUCAGUUUGUUCAAAUGUCUAAUAUGACUGCAGAUGGUUGAGGGUUAAGGAAUUCUUCCUCCUCCCACAGGUGACCCUCAGCCUGCGGCGGGACGGGACAGACGGACAGGCCGUGGUGUUCUGGAGCCUUCGACCAAUCGGAGACAACCAGGCUGACGUCACCACUGACGACCUGAAAACUCUGAGUGGCUCAGUGGUGUUCCUGACGGGACAGAGCGACGCCGUCAUCAACGUCACCGUCAUGGCCGAUGACAUACCCGAGGUCAACGAGACCCUUUUCCUCACUCUGGACAGGUACUGGACAGCAACUCUGGGGAGCUUUUGGUUGGCCAACAGAUUCUUAUUCUGUUAAUCAGUAGCAAUGUAACUUUAUAAAUAAGUGUCUGAUUAUGCUCUGUUGCGGUACCACACGCCAUUGCCAUAUGUCCUGGGAUUUGAAUCGGUAGCGUACUGGCCACUUGUUCAUUUACUUAACAACAAUGCCUGGCUGUGCUUAAAAUGAUUAAAACAAUUAAAUAGUGUAUUUUUUAAGAAUUGCUAAAAUGAGCAGUGAGACCAGGGUGUCAUAAGGACAGCCCCUCCCUUACCCCUACUCCUACCCCUACCCCUACUCCAAUUCCUGCCUGUCAUCUGUUACCCAUGACCUGUGACGGGAACCUUGGCUCUCCCUCCCUCCCACCCCUCUCCUGCAGGGUGGAGACUCCGCGCUUUGUAGUGUACUUCGGGUAAGUGGAGAGUGGAGUGAGCCUGGACUCUUUGUGUGCUUUAAAUCAGGACUUUGUCUGGGGAAAAAGGGACCACUUUAGGAUUUCUGGGGCCUUUGGUUUGAUGGGAAAGGGGGGUUGUUGUGGUGGUUUUGUGGGGUUGUGCAUUGGGAAGAGAGGAGCGUGGGUGUGGGAAGUAAGAAGGGAUCUUCUUUGUGUUGCACCUAAUUUUAACCAUUCUUUAUGCCCUCCUGUAAAGACAUCAGUGUUUGUAUGCAUGCUGCGAGUUGGAUUCAAGUGUUUGUUUGGUAUGCUUUGCUCUGUCCUCCCUCUGCUUUUCAUUUACCCCUUAUGUGGCCACACUCGCACACAUGUACACACACACAGACACACACACACACACACACACACACACACACACACACACAGACACACACACACACAUACACCCUGCUCAUCAGGGGCCAGGCUGACAGAACACACAGGCCCCCUCUGCUGUGAGAGAGAGAGGCUCAGGGGGCCACUGAGUGACACGGUUAAUCAGAGCAGCUCAAACAACAGGCCUCUGGUCAAUACUGAACAUGAGACAAUACAAGGAAUUUACUCAUUCACUGUUUUUAAAUGAAGGGUAAGUUGAUGAAAAUACUUGAAUGUUGCUGAAAGCUUUGAAGUGCAUCUCCUUGUUGUUUUACAUGCUGGCUGUUUUAACAUUCCCCCACAACACACGACCCACAUUCCCACCGAGAUAAAGGCCUGUGAGUUCCUUUUUGGUGUAGCCGCUGAGUUCCCCUCUGUGUUGCAGGGUUAACGUUGAGAACCAGAUCCUGAAGCCUGGCUUCACCAGUCGAGAGAUAGUCAUUGUGGAGAAUGACGACCCAGGUGGAGUCUUUGAGUUCUCCCCCUUCUCCAGAGGACCCUGGUACAUCAACGUACGUCUGGCAAACAGACAGGCAUCAUGAAUGUUGAUGCGCAUCUGUUUCAUCUACUGUGAUGCAUGUUGAAUAUUGACCAACCAGGUCAUUUUUGCAAACUACCAUGUGUUCUAACCUACAUCAAUAACAGCAACACUUCUGACCCCUAGUUUGUCCCCUUUGGUUUGCCCUGUGACCUUUCCUUUAUAGGAAGGUGAGGCAGUGGAGCUGCGUGUCAUCAGGGCCCAGGGGCAGCUGCUCAAACAGCUGGUGCGGUAUGUCCUCAUGCCCUCGGGCAACGCCGAGUUCUACGGCGCCACGGGCAUCCUGGAGUUUAAGCCCGGGGAGAGGGAGGUGCUGGUGGCACUGGUGGCACGGCCUGACGGGGUCCCUGAGGUACAGCAACACUACUGUCCCUUUAUAACAUCAUGUAUGUAUGGCAUGGACACUCCUUCCUGACUGUGAGGGUGUCACUGGUCCUACAGUUUCCAGUUUUAAAUGCCUUUGAAAUUCAAAAUCUGUUUGCUGGUUGCACAGAUUACAGUGUGACAGUCCUGUUAAAGUGCCCUUGUGUGUGUGUCUGUGUGUAGCUGGAUGAGACGUUCUCGAUGGUACUCAGCAGCUACAGCAAUCCACCCAGUCGCCUUGGCAACCACCGAGAGGUCAACAUCACGGUGCGGAAGAAUGACGAUCCCUUUGGGGUCAUAGAGUUUGCCCGGUCUGGAGUGGUAGAGGCCAUCAACGAGAGCAAAGGCUCCGAGUCUCACUCAGGUACAAUGGAGCAGUGGAGGAACAGUGUCUAAAAACUAGACAAUACUUUAAGACAAUAUAGUAUAAAGAAAAAAUAUAACAGGAAAACAUUUGUGAUCAUAUUUUAAGUCAUUUUAAUUCUUUAGAAGAUGAGAUUCAGUAGAGAGAUGAUAGAGAAACGAAUAGGAUUGAGUGUAUUAUAUUGUAAAUAGUGUGUUCUGUUGUGGGUUUCCUUGGCAGUGGCCUAUCCCGUGGUGAGGAACAGGGGUCGCUUUGGGGAGGUGUCUGUGUCCUGGGUCCUAGAGCCCCACCUGUCUGCUGACGUCAGCCCCGUACAGGGAUCCGUUGUGUUUGCUGAGGGGGAGUAUGUGAAAAACCUCACCCUCUUCUCUGUACCUGAUGAGGUAAAGCCAUCUCUCAAACGCUACAAUAUUUGACCAACAACCACAAUCAGGGCUCCUUGACAUAAUGUGUAUAAUAUCUAUGUCAAUAAAAUGGAAUGGUUUAGAUGGUAUCUGCCAUCUUUUCUACACAAUACUGCAUCUUUACCUGACAAUGUCUUGUUUGCUACAUUAGCUCCCAGAGGACAUGGAGAAUUUCACCAUCACACUCCUGAACGCGACGGGGGGAGCAAGGCUUGGGAACAUACUCAACGCAAGCUUGCAGAUAAACAAAAACGAUGACCCGAUUUACUUUGCAGGUAAGGAUGUCUUUGAUUUGCUCCCUAGUACUGUAUGGAAAGCAUUGGGAGUCUUUUCAAGCGCUGCUGUGUGUUAGCAGACAUAGAGUGGAUAUAUCAAGUGACAUAGUGUUUAUGUCAAGUGGCAUGGUGGUUAUGUCAGUUGAAAUAGGAUGACGUAAUACUCUGCCUCUCUGUCCUCCAGAGCCUGUGGUUGUCAGGCUUCAGGAGGGCGAUGUGGCCAACUUCACCGUUUUGAGGGCUGGUCCGGCUGACUUUGUCGCCACGGUGAUGUAUCGCGUCGACUACGGAGAGGCGUCACUGGGUGACUUGGCCCCGCUGAGUAACGACACUGUGCUCGUGUUUGAUGUGGGAGAAUGGUCAAAGAACAUCUCUAUAGCUGUGGAGGAGGACGACACACCUGAGACUGACGAACCCUUCUACAUUAUCCUCUACAACACUACAGGUGUGUAAGGCUGCCACGUUUUCUAUGCAUUCAAACAAACAAGAUACUUCUCCUGACCUCGUGACCUGAACAGGAAAAACUCUGAGCUCUAGUUUUAACCAAUGGCUAGGGUCCAGAAUGGUUCCUGGUCAGGUGGUCAGGAAAAACUCCUGGCCUUACUCACAUUGGACAACCUUCCAUACUACACAAUCUAAUUCAUACUCUCAAUACAAUAGCACAAAGUUAUAUUGGUCAAGUCAUUUUAGAGACAACUGUAGUACGAAACAAUCAGCCUCAUUACGUUGACUGUUUUUCCUCGUUUAGUAGCUGUAGCUCCAGUGUCUUUGACAGUUGUUUCUGUACAUUGGUGAGUAACUGGGUUGAUUAGCAUUGACAUUGGUGACCCUGAAAAGCCCUCCUAAUCCCUGUAUUGUGUGACACAGACAGGGAUGAAAGCGGGUGGGCCUGUGGGGGAACUUAAUUACCGAACUCAGACUCACUCUGCAUGCUGCAGCACAAAGCCAGCCAGCCAAGUCCACUACUCCACUCCACUGCCUGGCCUGGCUGUAUGUGCAUGGACUACUUUGAGUGAAAAUAAGGGUUAGCCCACUCUGCUCCUCUCCAAGCCUUAGUUUAUGAGAGAUGGCUCUUAUAUUACUUUUGUGGCGGACAUCUGCAAAUGGAACCCUGACCCUCUCCGCUGGGUUGCCGUGGUUACUGUGUGCUAUGUUAAUGAGAACAGUCUCUCCUUUUUGUUAUGAUAUUUAGCAUGACAAUACUAUGUGGGAAUUAUAAAGCAACCUCGUCUGUCUCUCUCUCUGUUUCUCCUGUAAAAGCACAAGCACAUGCUGAGGACAUACUUAAAAUAGCUUUUUCUUAAAGAAGUCAUUCUCGUGUCGUUUUUUCAAACAAGUUUAUUUUUAACUAAGCAAGAUGUUAAGUUCAAACAAGAACAUUUUACUGACUUGAAGGACAUUACAUGUUUUUUUUUGUCUUCACAUUUCAUGUUUCUCAGUAAUUAGUUAUUUAAUAACAACAGAGGGACAUAGAGUUUGAACAGGCAUCGUAAAUUUGUUCAGUGACUUCAUGCUUUGAAAGCAUGUAAAACUGCUGGAUUUGAAACCCAGCGUGUGUGUGUUUGUGUGUUUGUGGGGACAGGUGACGCUGUUGUGUAUGGGGCGGACACAGGGACAGUGGUGAUUGAGGCCAAUGAUGAGGCCAACGGAAUAUUCUCCCUGGAAUCCACAGAGAGGUCUGUAGAAGAGGGCAAGACCAACAACUUCAAGUAAGGACCAACUCUAGCCGUAAUACACCAUACACAUUUCCUGCAUGCUUGCCCAGCCUCUGGAAUAGUUUAGCAGCUCUUAACAAACGUAUUGAGUUGAUUAUUCUAACAUCUGUUGUUAUAGUUUUAUCCAGGGGUGGGACAGUUCGGGUCCUCGGGGGCCGUAAUGUCUGCUGGCACUCUUCUCCCUGGCACUUCGUUGGUCCAUUAAUGUCAUUGGUUGCUAAGAAAGUGCUCACAUUUAGUUUUCAGGUCUUAAUCACUUCCUGUUUUGAAGGAAAACACAGGAAACAGCAGGCAUUCAAGCCUCUAAGGUCCUGAGUUGUAUCCUUGUGAGUUCUUUCUCAGUCCCACAUACAGUCCCUUUGUCUCCUAGUGUUAUCAGGGCCAGGGGCCACUUUGGCAACGUGACAGUGUUCUGGCGCCUUUAUGCCAAUGACACAGCCCUGGAGCCUGGUCAGGAGUUCAUCAACAACUUUGGCUCCAUUACUUUCACCACGGGAGAGGAGACCAAGCCCAUCGUCCUCGAGGCCAUCUCAGACAAACUCCCUGAGUUCAACGAGUUCUACAUCCUCAGGCUCACCAACAUCUCAGGUAAGGGGAAGUGUGAGUGUGAGGCAGAUAUGCUCCAGGUGAGGGGUGUGGAACUGAUCUACUGAUCUACUGAACUAGUAGUACUCCUGUAGUAAGUAGGAGACUCACUCACACAUAACACACACACAAGCUCACACACACAUACACACACCUCAUACACACGCUGACACCGUACUCCCAUAUACACUCACACACACGCAUACGCCCACACUCACAAACACACACACAUAUACACACACACACACACAAACGCACACAGCCAACGCUGCUGUCCCAUGUAUAUAGAGACAGUAGACACUGGACCGUUUCUUUUAUACUAUCUUUCACACUGUGUAUUCAUAUACUGUAUUCUUCAUAUAGCUCAUUCUAAAAUAUCUACUACUGUACAUUAUAUUUUUGUUACACUAUUUAUACACCCUACAUAUUUAUAUACUGGAUUAUAUACCGGAUUCUUAUUAAUAUACUGUAUUCUUCCCAUAUCUCAUUUUAAUAUACUAUAUCUGCUACUGUACAUUGCAUUUUUGUUAUAUUGUUUAAACACUGAGUAUUCAAAACAUUAAGGACACCUGCUCUUUCCAUGACAUAGACUGACCAGGUGAAUCCAGGUGAAAGCUAUGAUCCAUUAUUGAUGUCACUUGUUAAAUCCACUUCAAUCAGUGUAGAUGAAGGGGAGGAGACAGAUAAAGAAGGAUUUUUAUGUCUUGAGACAGUCGAGACAUGGAUUGUGUAUGUGUGCCAUUCAGAGGUUGAAUGGGUAAGACAAAAGAUUUAAGUGGCUUUGAAAGGUUAUGGUACAGCCUAAUUUUAAAAUGGAUUAAAUAAAUACAAAUCCUCAGCAAUCUACACACAAUACCCCUUAAUGACAAAGUGAAAACAGGUUUUUAGAGAUUUUUGCAAAUGUAUUAAAAAUGAAAAAAUGAAAAACCUUAUGUAAAUAAGUAUUCAGACCCUUUGCUAUGCGACUCGAAAUUGAGCUCACGUGCAUCCUGUUUCCAUUGAUCAUCCUUGAGAUGUUUCUACAACUUGAUUGGAGUCCACCUGUGGUAAAUUCAAUUGAUUGGAAAUGAUUUGGAAAGGCACACACCUGUCCAUAUAAGGUCCAACAGUUGACAGUGCAUGUCAGAGCAAAAACCAAGCCAUGAGGUCGAAGGAGUUGUCCGUAGAGCUCCGAGACAGGAUUGUGUCGAGGCACAGAUCUGGGGAAGGGUACCAAAAAAUGUCUGCAGCAUUGAAGGUCCCCAAGAACACUGUGGCCUCCAUGAUUCUUAAAUGGAAGAAGUUUGGAACCACCAAGACUCUUUCUAGAGCUGGCCACCCUGCUAAACUGAACAAUCAGGGGAGAAUGACCUUUGUCAGGGAAGUGACCAAGAACCCGAUGGUAGAGAUGGGAAAACUUUCCAGAAGGACAACCAUCUCUGCAGCACUCCACCAAUAAUGCCUUUAUGGUAGAGUGGCCAGACGGAAGCCACUCCUCAGUAAACGGCACAUGACAGCCCACUUGGAGUUUACCAAAAUGCACCUAAAGACUCUCACACCCUGAGAAACAAGAUUAUCUGGUCUGACGAAACCAAUAUUGAACUCUUUGGCCUGAAUGCCAAGUGUCACGUCCGGAGGAAACCUGGCACCAUCCUUACGGUGAAGCAUGGUGGUGGCAGCAUCAUGCUGUGGGGAUGUUUUUCAGUGGCAGGUACUGGGAGACUAGCAGGAUCAAGGGAAAGAUGAACGGAGCAAAGUACAGAGAGAUCCUUGAUGAAAACCUGCUCCAGAGCGCUCAGGACCUCAGACUGGGAUGAAGGUUCACCUUCCAACAUGACGAUGACCCUAAGCACACAGCCAAGACAACGCAGGAGUGGCUUCAGGACAAGUCUCUGAAUGUCCUUGAGUGGCCCAGCCCGGAUUUGAACCCGAUGGAACAUCUGUAGAGAGACCUGAAAAUAGCUGUGCAGCAACGUUCCCCAUCCAACCUGACAGAGCUUGAGAGGAUCUGCAGAGAAGAAUGGAAGAAACUCCCCAAAUACAGGGGUGCCAAGCUUGUAGUGUCAUACCCAAGAAGACUCAAUGCUGUAAUCGCUUCCAAAGGUGCUUCAACAAAGUACUGAUUAAAGGGUCUGAAUACUAAUGUAAAUGUGAUAUUUUAUUUUUUUAUUUUUAAUAAAUUAGCUAGAUGUAUAGAAACCUGUUUUUGCUUUGUCAUUAUGGGGUAUUGUGUGUAGAUUGAUGAGGGAAAAAAACAAUUUAAUCAAUUUUAAAAUAAGGCUGUAACGUAACAAAAUGUGGAAAAAGUCAAGGGGUCUGAAUACUUUCCGAAGGCACUGUAUCUUUCUAGUGAAUAUACGCAUAGAUUGCAUUUGGAUUACUGAUACAGAAUUAUUUGGGUUGUUAACUGGAUUUGUCCAGACAUGAAUGAUUUCUUGUUAUUUAGUUUUUUAUUAUUAUUUGUUUACUUGUUUGAUAUUUUUAGCUAGUAACACAAGCAUUUCACUGCACCCGCUAUAACGUCUACUAAACUUUGUACGCGACCAAUAAACUUUGAUCUAAUUUGAUUUAGUAUGUUCUUGACUAGAACAUCAACAUCUGCCUUAAAGCUGCCUAUGUUCUCUCAGUUGAAGUGGGGUGUUAUGGGUUAUUCCUAAAUUAUUCUGUGUCACGUUACAAAUGUUGGCAUCAAGCAUUAACCAUUUUCUGUCUGGUGAUAUUCCAUAGGUGGUUGCCCCGGAGAGGGCGGCCGAUUGACUAAUACAUCCCUCAACGCCUCUGUCCUGAUUCCCUUUAACGAUGACCCUUUUGGAGUGUUCACCAUCGCCGUCGACAACCUGGACCAGGAAGUGGCCGAGGAUAUCCUGUCAGAAGAGGACAUGUCUGAUGUAACUUCCUUCACCAUCCUGCGGCAGCAGGGCACCUUCGGGGAGGUGCGGGUUGCCUGGGAGAUUGUAUCUGUCCAUUUCCCUCUCGGCCUCCCUCCCAUGCAGGACCUCCUCCUCAGCGCCUCCUUCCCCAAGGAGGUGGAGCUCAGGCCCCACUCCAGGAGGCACCACUCAGGCACCGACGCCUGGUUCUUCUCGGGCCUACAGGGGGCCUACGGCACCAUCAGCCCAGAGGAAGGGCCUGGCAGCCUGGCUAACUUCACCUUCUCAGCCUGGCUGGUUUCCAGGCCGGACACCAACGGCUUCAUCGUGUCCAAGGGCAACAGGAACGGGACGCUGUACUAUGGGGUGAAGAUUCAGACCAACGAGUCCCAUGUGAGUGUGAUGCUGUACUACACAGCCUUGGGGGCCAACAACACCCAGGUGGCCCGGGCCACGGCAGAGAGGUUUGUGGAGGACAACGUGUGGCUCCAUGUGCUGAUCACGGUGGAUGAUGGGAUUAUUGAGUUCUUCCUGAAUGGCAACCUUAUGCCCAGAGGGAUUAAGAGUCUCAAAGGAGAGGCCAUCACUGAUGGUGAGUCCCAAUCAUUUCAUUAUAUCUUAAAGCUGGAAUCCUUAGUCGCUACAUCCAUUUUUGGACUUAUAAAUUAAUUAUAUAUACCCAUUAAUUCUGGAAGAAUAUAACUUAAAAUGCCUCAUGAGUUUAGUUCAACUGUCAUACCCCAUCAGAAGCCACAAUACAAGCUUGUUUUACUGCAAUGUUUAUAAACAAUGUAAAUGUAAACAAACACUGUAUAGCCUCAAAACAUGGUUAAAACUAUAUUUUUGAUAUCAUGGAUGAUCAGUCCUUGCAUCUAUAGCUCUGUCUAUGAAUUUAAGAGUGGUUACAUUUCUCCAGGUCCAUCCCUCAGCUUUUUACCAAAACACAGGCAGGCUGCUUGCGUUGUUAUUGUUUCAAUUAAAGUCGUCCUCCAGUCUCCUUAUAAUCUCAUUUAACACCGGAUUUACUUAACAAAAUGCACAUCUCAAUAGGUGGUCCAGGUACAGUAUGUCAUUAUAUGAUAUGGGACAAGUGGAUAGGGGGGGAGGGGGCAUUCCUCUUUUGUUCUCCUCUAUUGUUCCUCAAGCAAGGGGGAGGAUUAUGACAUCACAUUUGACCAUCAGACCAACUCCUUGAAUGCCCUACUCCUUGACGUUUGCAGUUGUGUAAAAACAUAUACAGUACCAGUCAAAGCUUUGGACACACCUACUCAUUCAAGGGUUUUUCUAUAUUUUUUUACUAUUUUCUACAUUGUAGAAUAAUAGUGAUGACAUCAAAACUAUGAAAUAACACAUAUGGAAUCAUGUAGUAACCAAAAAAGUGUUAAAUAAAUCAAAAUAUAUUUUAUAUUUGAGAUUCUUCAAAGUAACCACCCUUGAUAACAGGGUGGCAGUUUCUCGCAUGGAAUAGCCUUCAUUUCUCAGAACAAGAAUAGACUGACGAGUUUCAGAAGAAAGUUCUUUGUGUCUGGCCAUUUUGAGCCUGUAAUCGAACCCACAAUUGCUGAUGCUCCAGAUACUCAACUAGUCUCAAGAAGGCCAGUUUUAUUGCUUCUUUAAUCAGCACAACAGUUUUCAGCUGUGCUAACAUAAUUGCAAAAGGGUUUUCUAAUAAUCAAUUAGCCUUUUAAAAUGAUAAACUUGGAUUAGCAAACACAACGUGCCAUUUGAACACUUGACUUAUAGUUGCUAAUAAUGGGCCUCUGUAUGCCUAUGCAGAUAUUCCAUAACAAAUCAGCCGUUUCCAGCUACAAUAGCCAUUUACAACAUUAACAAUGUCUACACUGUAUUUCUGAUCAAUUUGAUGUUAUUUUAAUGGACAAAAAAAUUGCUUUUCUUUAGAAAACAAGGACAUUUCUAAGUGACCCCAAACUUUUGAACGGUAGUGUAUGCUGAGCACUUGUUGUCUGUUUUCCUUUACUCUGCGGUCCAACUGAUCCCAAACCAUCUCAAUUGGGUUGAGGUUUGUGGAGGCCAGUUCAUCUGAUGCAGCACUCCAUCACUCUCCUUGGUCAAAUAACCCUUACACAGCCUGGAGGUGUGUUUUGGGUCAUUGUCCUGUUGAAAAACAAAUGAUAGUCCCACUAAGCGCAAACCAGAUGGGAUGGCAUAUCGCUGCAGAAUGCUGUGGUAGCCAUGCUGGUUAAGUGUGCCAUCAGUGAUGACGGCGCACAAUUGGCCCAGCGUCGUCCAGGGUAGGGGAGGGAAUGGCCGGCAGGGAUGUAGCUCAGUUGGUAGAGCAUGGCAUUUGCAACGGCGGGGUUGUGGGUUCGAUUGCCACGGGGGACCAGUAUGAAAGAUAAACAAUAAUGUAUGCACUCACUAACUGUAAGUCGCUCUGGAUAAGAGUGUCUGCUAAAUGACUAAAAUGUAAAUGUAAAUAAAUCACCAACAGUGUCACCAGCAAAGCACCCCCACACCAUCACACCUCCUCCUCCAUGCUUCACAGUGGGAACCACACAUGCAGAUAUCAUCCGUUCACAAAGACACGUGGUUGGAACCAAAAAUCUCAAAUUUGGACUCAUCAGACCAAAGGACAGAUGUCCAUUGCUUGUGUUUAUUGGCCGAAGCAAGUCUCUUCUUCUUAUUGGUGUCCUUUAGUAGUGGUUUCUUUGCAGCAAUUCGACCAUGAAGGCCUGAUUCACACAGUCUCCUCUGAACAGUUGAUGUUGAAAUGUGUCUGUUACUUGAACUCUAUGAAGCAUUUAUUUGGGCUGUAAUCUGAGGCUGGUAACUCUAAUAAAUGUAUCCUCUGCAGCAGAGGUAACUCUUGUUCUUCCAGUUUCAUCAUAGUGCUUGAUGGUUUUUGCGACUGCACUUGAAGAAACUUUCAAAGUUCUUGACAUUUUCCGUAUUAACUGACCUUCAUGUCUUAAAGUAAUGAUGGACUGUCGUUUCUGUUUGCUUAUUUGAGCUGUUCUUGCCAUAAUAUGGACUUGGUCUUUUACCAAAUAGGGCUAUCUUCUGAUUACCAGCCCUACCUUGUCACAACACAACUGAUUGACUCAAACGCAUUAAGAAGGAAAUAACUUUUAACAAGGCACACCUAUUAAUUGAAAUGCAUUCCAGGUGACUACCUCAUGAAGCUGGUUGAGAGAAUGCCAAGAGUGUGCAAAGCUGUCAUCAAGGGUGGUUACUUUGAAGAAUCUCAAAUAUAAAAUAUAUUUUGAUUUGUUUAACACUUUUUUGGUUACUACAUGAUUCCAUAUGUGUUAUUUCAUAGUUUUGAUAUCUUCACUAUCAUUCUACAAUGUAGAACAUUUUAAAAAUAAAGAAAAACUCUUGAAUGAGUAGGUGUGUCCAAACUUUUGACUGGUUCUGUAUAUAUUUUGCUCAAAACAUACCCUUUACUGUGUGUGUACUGUAUUUAUACUUGGGAUAUCGUUUUCAACAGGAAACGGAGGACGUCUUUAAGGAUUCUAGCUUUAAAGACAAGAUUCAUAAUAAUUAUUAAGACAGUAUCUCACGGAAUGUUUUGGAUAGGAGUUACAAACUGAACUGGGCCUCUACUCCACUAGCUAGAGUUCAAUCAGCUUCCUGUAGCUAUGCCAACCAUCUCAGUCAUAUUUUGUAUCUGAAUCUGCAUAGUUUAAUGAUUUUAGUAAAUUAUAAUGAAGGUAUAACUGUUAAUUAAUGAUGUCCAAAAUGAACCGUUUGAAAUUAUACUUAUAAUUGUGUUAUUGUAUAAUCUACACUCUCAGACAACAGUAACUUCAAUUAAGUCUAGCCUCUCUGAGCCUGUUCCCAUGAGUUGUCUCACUCUCAGCAGACAGAGGCUUCCCCAUCAAUCUGACGUCACUGGUGGUCUGUGAGUGACAACUGUGGGACCCUGUUCCUCUCCUUGCUCUUGUGGCCCACAUCUGGUCAGGAAGGAUCUAGUUAAAACCCUCCAUGCAUUCCACCCAACCCCUCUCCCAUUGUUUAGACUUACAGAGAUUCUGCAAUGCUUGAGCGAGCGCUUUGCCGCCGCAAUGGUGGACAUUGUUACAGGCAGAAGAAAGCCGACGGCAGUUUUCUUUUCUCCCCUCAAUAACUGAAGACAAUGUGCCCCCCCCCCCCCCCCCCCCCACCCCCAUAACGGGACUAUCUGUGUUGAUAGCUUUUCUUUGGUUAACUUCAAUCAAAGGGAUAUAAAUGUGAACAUCAGACACGUCCGACAUUGUCUGACACUGUCAACUCAACCAGCGUUUUAUUGCUUUGUCUGAUGGCUUUGUCCGUGGUCACCAUCGCAGGUUUUCUCAAUUUGACCAGUGUUCUGCUGGGUACUGGUCAAGCCCUCAGAAAGGUGGUUCAUCAUAUGGAAUGACCUCUGAACUAGUUAAUAGUUUAAAAAUGUGCACUGCAGAGAUAGGCCUAAUGAUGAUGCUCUGUACCCACUUUUUUCCAAGUACAGAUGAAGACAGAUAUGGCAUUGGAAUAGAUACAGUGGGGAAAAAAUGUAUUUAGUCAGCCACCAAUUGUGCAAGUUCUCCCACUUAAAAAGAUGAGAGAGGCCUGUAAUUUUCAUCAUAGGUACACGUCAACUAUGACAGACAAAAUGAGAAAAAAAAAUCCAGAAAAUCACAUUGUAGGAUUUUUAAUGAAUUUAUUUGCAAAUGAUGGUGGAAAAUAAGUAUUUGGUCAAUAACAAAAGUUUCUCAAUACUUUGUUAUAUACCCUCUGUUGGCAAUGACACAGGUCAAACGUUUUCUGUAAGUCUUCACAAGGUUUUCACACACUGUUGCUGGUAUUUUGGCCCAUUCCUCCAUGCAGAUCUCCUCUAGAGCAGUGAUGUUUUGGGGCUGUCGCUGGGCAACAUGGACUUUCAACUCCCUCCAAAGAUUUUCUAUGGGGUUGAGAUCUGGAGACUGGCUAGGCCACUCCAGGACCUUGAAAUGCUUCUUACGAAGCCACUCCUUCGUUGCCCGGGCGGUGUGUUUGGGAUCAUUGUCAUGCUGAAAGACCCAGCCACGUUUCAUCUUCAAUGCCCUUGCUGAUGGAAGGAGGUUUUCACUCAAAAUCUCACGAUACAUGGCCCCAUUCAUUCUUUCCUUUACACGGAUCAGUCGUCCUGGUCCCUUUGCAGAAAAACAGCCCCAAAGCAUGAUGUUUCCACCCCCAUGCUUCACAGUAGGUAUGGUGUUCUUUGGAUGCAACUCAGCAUUCUUUGUCCUCCAAACACGACGAGUUGAGUUUUUACCAAAAAGUUCUAUUUUGGUUUCAUCUGACCAUAUGACAUUCUCCCAAUCCUCUUCUGGAUCAUCCAAAUGCACUCUAGCAAACUUCAGACGGGCCUGGACAUGUACUGACUUAAGCAGGGGGACACGUCUGGCACUGCAGGAUUUGAGUCCCUGGCGGCGUAGUGUGUUACUGAUGGUAGGCUUUGUUACUUUGGUCCCAGCUCUCUGCAGGUCAUUCACUAGGUCCCCCCGUGUGGUUCUGGAAUUUUUGCUCACCGUUCUUGUGAUCAUUUUGACCCCACGGGGUGAGAUCUUGCGUGGAGCCCCAGAUCGAGGGAGAUUAUCAGUGGUCUUGUAUGUCUUCCAUUUCCUAAUAAUUGCUCCCACAGUUGAUUUCUUCAAACCAAGCUGCUUACCUAUUGCAGAUUCAGUCUUCCCAGCCUGGUGCAGGUCUACAAUUUUGUUUCUGGUGUCCUUUGACAGCUCUUUGGUCUUGGCCAUAGUGGAGUUUGGAGUGUGACUGUUUGAGGUUGUGGACAGGUGUCUUUUAUACUGAUAACAAGUUCAAACAGGUGCCAUUAAUACAGGUAACGAGUGGAGGACAGAGGAGCCUCUUAAAGAAGAAGUUACAGGUCUGUGAGAGCCAGGAAUCUUGCUUGUUUGUAGGUGACCAAAUACUUAUUUUCCACCAUAAUAUGCAAAUAAAUUCAUAAAAAAUCCUACAAUGUGAUUUUGUAGAGAAAAACAAUCUCAAUUUGUCUGUCAUAGUUGACGUGUACCUAUGAUGAAAAUUACAGGCCUCUCUCAUCUUUUUAAGUGGGAGAACUUGCACAAUUGGUGGCUGACUAAAUACUUUUUUUCCCCACUGUAGGCCUACACCUUUCAGUCAGCAUUGUAGCAUGAAACCAUUCUGGAAUGGAUGCACUGUACAAUACAUGCUUGUCAGGUUCUCUGUAUACAAAAAGCUUGGCUUUUUUGACAGCAGCAUGAUCACCCAUUGCUUGAUGUUUUUCUGAGUGUAUUCUGCCUCCUGUGUGUGUGUUGCAGGUUCAGCUCCGGUGCGGAUCGGCUCGGACCCCUACGGAGAACAGCGCUACACGGGCCUCCUGCAGGACCUGCGUCUCUACCACAGCAGACUGAACCGCUUGGAGAUCCACGAGCUCCACGCGCAGCCCACCAAGAUGGACCUGAGGAACAUCUCUGGCUACCUGCAGUACUGGCAGGACGAGAGGCAAAAGGCCUUUGUGGUGGAGGUGCGGGACGACAAGGAGGAGGAAGGGGAGGAGGUGUUCUACCUGCAGCUGGUGGCGGUCCAUGGGGGGGCGCGUCUCCCCCUCCCCCGCCCCACCGCCACCCUGCGGGUGAUGAAGAGCGACAACGCCAACGGCCUCUUUGGCUUCACUGGCGCCUGCAUACCAGACGUAAGACAGGCACACACACAUGAGCAUGCACGCACACACACGCACAUGCACGCACCCGCACGAAAGCACGCGCACGCACACUGUACAUGAUUUACAGUAUAAAUGAGAAGCUAUUGACGCUAUUGAGAUGAAAUGUAGACCAUAUUUACCAACUUGACAGACACAUCAGCAACAACGAUGUACAACACACAGUAGAACGGAGACCGCACUGGCUUUGAUCCAUCACGUCUCCCGAGAAUAUGGAUAUUUUGUUACCUAGAAAGACAUGUAAUUGAAGCAAGUGGUUAGUGAGUGCAUAUCCUUGUGCAUAUUUAACCAGUGUUUACGCCUGGGUGGAGAAAGUGUGCGCUCUGCCCUUUAGGGAGAUUGGACACGUGGUGUCUCUAAUGGCUCCUCUCAUGUAGAGCGACAGAUGGCAGAGCAGUCAAGGGCAUUCCUAUGGAACCAGAGUCCUAGCAGCACAAUAGGUGAUCAACCAGGGGAUGGCAUUCCAUCAGAACUAGGGUCCCUCUAACGCUGCAAGGGGACAAAGGGACUCAGAGGCAUGCGGGGCUAUCGGGUGGACUCUCUGCAAAUCACAUCUUGACUGUGCAGGAAUUAGAGGAUCCAUGAAAGUGUUUUUCUCAAGCCCAAAGGUGCAUUUUUUGGAAUAAGUGGUGUCAUUCUUGAAUUGGUAACGAACUACUGUAUCUUGCAGUGGAAAACAUGACAAUGUCAAAAAUGAUUUUCUUUCCGUUUUAUCGAAAGUUUGUGUACAAUUUUUAUGAGUGUAAUGUGACAAUAUGUUUUAAAAUAUCCCAAUGUCUAGUUGCUUAAUUCAGGGAGCAUCAUUAAUAACCAGGUCCUAUCUCUUUUCUCUAUGGCUAGACGUCAGAGGAAGGCUCCACCAUCUCCUGUGUUAUUGAACGGAUGCGUGGGGCUCUGGACCACGUCUAUGUCAACUACUCGGUCACUCAGUUGGACUCAGACAGCCAGGUUCAGGCCAACCAGGACUUUGCUAAUGCUAGCGGCUCUGUUGUCUUCCUGCCUGGUCAGCGCUCUGAGGUGAGGGGGAACACCCAGAGUCAGAUAUAUACACACACACACACACACACACAGAGAGAGACACACACAUACAUACACACAUACAGCUCUGGGAAGACUACCCUGCACUCCUCAAUCAUUCAUGAGCUAGGGAAACCCCAUUGAGCAAUGAGCAUGCUCCUUGGUACACCUGUAGAGCAACCCUAUACAUACAGGAGAACAUGCACACACACACGUUGCAUAUAAAUGCAACUGCAAGAAGGUCAGCCUAUAGGCAGUUACAAACCAGUCAAUAUAAAUGUUUGACCAUGCAUCUACAUUUCUGUCCAUAUUGAAUCCCAGAAAACUAUUUUCAUCCAUUCAGUGGUGGUGUUGUUGACUUGUAGCCCCAUCUAGUGGCUAAAAGGAAAAUGUUGUUGUGGUAUCAGGUGCCUGCUAAUGAUUAGGCUUAGCCUCAAAUCCCACUACAGAGAUCAAAGCCUGCAAACACAUUAUGGAUAUCUACACUAGGACUAAUUUUAGAUUAAAAUCUUCACUCUCAUGUGUCUCUCAUGUGUUAUGACAUCUCCCUGCGUCUCCCAGGUCCUGAACCUGCUGGUGCUGGAUGAUGACACCCCUGAGUUCGCUGAGUCCUUCCAGGUCACCCUUGUGUCAGCUGAGUCAGGUGACGGGAAGCCAGGCUCUACCCCCACCAGUGGGGCCAGCAUCGACCCUGACAACUCAGCCACCACUGUCACCAUCACGGCCAGCGACCAUCCCUAUGGUACAGAGAGAGACGCACACAAACACACACACAUCACUGUGCCACCCCACUAGAACCUCAAACAGAUACCCAUCUUCCCAGAUCCCACCCUUAGUUGCACUAAUCAAGAACUGCAGCUAUCUGCACAGUCACAUAGUUAAAGGGAUAGUUUAGUGCUAGCUGUACUUCUAGUCUUUGUGCUAAGCUAUUUAGCAUGAGGCUCACGAAACUAACUCUAACUUCCUUCAUACUGGACGCAGAUACAUCAAAAUGGUAUCCACGAGUUCAUCUGACUCUGCAAAAAUCCCGAACUAUCCCUUUAAGAGAAACAUAAAUUAACUUACAAGCUACUUGAAAGGUUCAGCUUCUGGCAUGACAUGAAAACAAUGUAACAAACUGCUAUUGGUGUUAGUUAAUAACUGCCUGUUAUACAUAUGUCAUCACAGACACAAUGGAGCCGAAAUAAUUGAUCACUCCAAGUUAAGGAUGUUCCCACGUUGUGAAUGUAUGGUGAACAUUUCAUGUAUUGAGCCUCACUCGCUCUCAUAAUCUCUGACAGGCGUAUUGUUUUUAUGAGGCUAGAUGAGCAGCUGUUGUGAGUACUGGUACCCCUCUCUCUCUCUCCCAGGUCUGAUCCAGUUCCAGACCAGCCUGCCAGCUGAGGGGAUGAUCCGCCCAGCAACAGAGCCUGCCCAUGUCACGGUCAAUGAGGAGGACGGAGAGGUCCACCUGCUGGUGGCCAGGGCCCAAGGCCUGCUGGGAAGAGUCAUGGUCGGCUACAGGACCUCACCGUUCACUGCAGUCAGCCCAGAGGACUAUGAGGUCAUUUCCAGCCUUCCUUAUCCCGCAGACCAGGGGCUCAGGCAGACACAGGGAUGGAUGGUUACUGGAGAUCUAUGAAUUCUCACACAAAUCACCUUUAGAAAUCAAUGCUUUAUAAAGCGUGAUUUACUUAUGUAUGUUUAUAAGGAUUCGACCCAUAAUAAUGUCCUAUUCCAUCCUUAUACUUGGCUAUCUGCUGCGCUUUUAUUUUGAAAUGAUGAAGACAAUAAUAAGAUGAUAAUGGAUGACAAUUCCAGUGUGUUUGAGUCACUAGACGCAGCCCAAUUCUGACCUGUUGCCCAAUUAUUGUCAAAAAAAGCUGAUCUGAUUGGUUUUUAAAAAUCAAUGAGUGGAAAAAUAUCAGAAAUGGGCUGCCUGUGUCAACACAGGUAAUGAUAGUGAGCUUAUGCUAACUACCCAAGCUAACCUCUUGUUCCCUACCUGAUCUGCCUGCACCUGUUCCAUGGCCCAAACAGGACUCAGAUGGCUUGCUAGACUUCCUGCCAGGAGAACGCUUCAAGUACAUUAAUGUGACGGUCAUAGACAACCCUGUGCCAGAGCUGGACAAAGUGUUCAGAGUGGAACUCUACAAUCCUGACGGAGGAGGUAAGAGACACAAAUACCAUUGGUUGAUUAAUUGAUCGGCCAAUUGGUGAUGAUCUUCUUAUCUCCUCUUCUCUUACUUCAGAUAAUUGUUAAAGAGUUCACCUUCCUAUCCUGUAGUCAUAUCCUUCAGUAUUUCCCAUCCCUGAGAUCCUGUUCUAACUGCUCCUUUGCCUGUGUUCUGUCACAUUGUGUCCUUGUGUGCUCCUGUGUGCUCCUGUGUGCUCCUGUGUGGUCUUGUGUGCUGUGCUCCCCAAUGAUCCCCACUCCUCUGGUGUGAUCUGGUGUGAUCCUGUGUGAUCCCAAAGUGGAUCAGUUCCUUCGGAGUGAAGGCAGUGGCAGUGGAGAAAGUGACACUGAGUUUUUCCUCCCGUCCUCUCACCGCCGUGGUAAGAUCACCUUCCCCUCCCCCACCCCCUCCCAUCCUUUUAGACUCUACCGCUCCCCCUAAGCCUAUGUAUUGCUGUGUGUGUGUGCCUGUCUUUGCGUGCUGGUGUGUGUGCCUGUGUGUGAAUGUGUGUGUGUGUGUGUGUGUGUGUGUGUGUGUGUGUGUGUGUUUGCAUGCCUGCAUAUUUGUGUGUAUGCUAUUUACAUUGCAAUGGGGCCAGUGAGCAGUGACCAGGGAGAUUGGUGUGGGAAAGCAAAUAGGCAUUCUAUUGAGUGGAGGGCAGCAGUGGUAAGUGGUGAACCGAAAUGUCACAGACACCAAGGCUCAUUGUUUCUCUGUUGGGGUCCACCCUCAACCUUAUUAAAAACCCACAAUGCACUGCAGUGUUCAGUGCUAUUAUUUCAAGUGGAUCAAUAGAAUUCAACUUCGAUUACUAAUUUUAACAAAUUGUAACUAUGAAAAUAAGGGCAGCCUUUACAGUUGUGUGACGGUUUUUCUAUAUAGCCAGUCUGGGAGUCGCCUCCCAUAUCACCGUGACCAUCGCUGCCUCUGACGACGCACACGGAGUGUUCCAGCUGAGCCAGGACUCACUGUCUGUCAACGGCACCGAGCCUGAGGAGGGACGCAGCACUGUGCUCCUGCAGGUCAGUGUGUGUGUGUGUCUGUCUGUGUGUGUGUCUGUGUCUAUGUGUGUGUUCCCCUGACAGUAGGUUGUAACCUCUCUCUUUGCCCGUAUCAGGUGGUGCGGUCAUUCGGUGCCCUAUCCAACGUGACUGUAUUUUGGGAGGCUGAGGACAGCUCUGAGGAAGACCUCAUCAGCAGGGCCGGGAACAUCACCUUCCACGUGGGCCAGACCAGAGGGGAGAUUGAGCUCCAGGUGGCCCAGGACGAGGUGCCGGAGCUGGACAAGAGCUUUGCCGUGUCCCUGGUCAACGUCUCCCAUGGGCGUCUGGGUGUGAGGACUGAGGCCUCUGUGACAGUGCUGGCCAGUGAUGACCCCUACGGAGUGUUUGUGUUCUCAGAGAACAGCAUGCCGGUGCGCCUGCCCGAGGGCCACACCCUGGUCAUCCUCACCAUCCACAGGCAGAGGGGGCUGAUGGGAAAGGUACGCGUGACGUACGGAACCCUGAGUGAGGCUGAUGGCGCCCCCUUCAUGACCCCGGGUGUGGGCCGGGCCAGUGAGGGGAAUGACUUCGUCCCCCUCCUGGAGUCGGUGGUGUUCACAGCCAAUCAGAGUGAGGCUAAUGUAACCCUUCGAGUGCUGGAUGACGAAGACCCUGAGAGGGACGAGUCCGUGUUCGUGGAGUUGAUCAGUGUCAAUCUCAUAGAAGGAGAGCAGGAGAGACUAAGUAAGUCACUGCCACAUUUUCACAUCCCAACUAUGAAUCUCCAGGCCUAUAGUCGUCACAUGGUCAACAUUUGUAGCUGGAAUAUGAGAUUUUUGUCAAACCAUACGCUUUUCCAUGUUUCUUCUCGCUUUCCUAGUUGCCCAGUCUCCUCGUCUUGGUCCGAAGGCUGAGAUCGUGGCCCAGGUGAUAGUGGAGGCGAGUGAUGACGCCUUUGGGUUCCUGCAGCUGUCUGCCCCGGCGGUCAGUGUAGCUGAGGACUACGUCGGACCCAUCAUCAAUGUGACACGCAUCGGGGGAAUUUUUGCUGAUGUGUCCGUGAAGUUCAGGGCCGUACCAAUGACUGCCAGAGUUGGUAAGUCUGGUCUGCGUUUCAUGUCAAUAGUGUAUGUUAUAUUGUUAAGCAUGUACAGUGUGUGUGUGUGUGCGUGCGCAUGUCUGUAAUAAUGUGUGCGUGUGUGUGUAACAAUGUGUGUGUCAAUGCAGGUGACGACUACAGCGUAGCGUCUACUGACGUGGUUCUCCUGGAGGGGGAGACCAGUAAGCCUGUACCCAUCUACAUCAUUAACGAUGUGAUUCCUGAGCUGGAGGAGACCUUCCGCAUCGAGCUGCUCAACGUGACCACAGGGGGCGCUCGACUGGGGGAGCUCACUCGCACCAUCAUCACCAUCCUACCCUCUGAUGACCCCUUUGGGGCCUUCGGUUAGCUCACGUCUCUCUCACACACAGAAAUGCACUCAUGUUAGCUGAUAAUUGCAACAACAACAAUAAAAUGAAAAGCCGAUAGAUAAAAUUGUUGCCGGCCAGAUUUCCUGGAGAAAAAAAAUCCAGCAGAGAGGGGUUUCUCUCUCCAAAACAGAGUAAAGAUGGCCUCAAGAUCACGUCUUCUUGACGACAAGUAACGAGGCUGAUGCGCAUCGCAAGCUGCUCUAAGGAGUUGGACAGUUUUGACUUCCCAAAAUCAGCGGCUCACUUUGAGCAGGCCAUGGUCCGCCGCAAACGCAAGUAAAUUAGAUGCAAAUUAUUGUGUUCGGAGACAGCCAUGUUUUCUUAUUUUUUCAUAAAAGUGUUCAUACAAAUACCAUAUAGGACAGGUCGAUCGCAAAUUCUACUUUAUUUUAGUACAAGUUUAAAGGCUAAUUUUUUAUUCUGUUAAAAAACAUAAUCUAAAUAUGAUUUCUGUCAUUCUGAGCACCGCGGUUGGACAACCUAAUGGGUUACGCACCCAGUGCAUAUAGAUGUUCGGUAAAUCAAAAUAAAUAUUUUCCUAACGGAAACCUUGCCACACACAAAUGUAAUUGCUCAUUCAAAUCAGAUUAUAGGAUAUGCACAAUACUGACUACAUCAGAAAAUUGUCCACUGUAUUUUAGUCUAAAAGAAAAUUCCAGCAUGUUUCCUUUAUCAACAAAUGACAUUAGACCUCAUAAAGGUACUGUUUGUGUUCCCUAGUAUUUCAGGCUGCUCCUGUCACCAUAGAGGAGCCAGGGGCGAACUCCUUUGAGGUGACACUGCCCAUAGUGCGUAAUGCUGGGACCAUAGGGACCGUGGCUAUCCAGUGGCGAGCCACGGUCAACGGCAAAGCAGCAGUAGGGGACCUCCGGCCUGUGUCAGGAGAGGUCAUCUUUGCGCCUGGAGAAACCAUUAAGACGUUGAAUGUCGAGGUCCUAGCAGACGAUGUGCCGGAAAUUGAGGAAGUAGGAAAGCAAUCUUCUUUUUUGCCAAACAAAGGAUUUUUAUAAUGAUAUGUACUAUAUAAUAUAUAGGCCUAUAUAAUAUACAGUAUGUCAUUAUUCCUCUAAACGUUCUGUGCUUUUCAGAUAAUCAAGGUGGAAUUGACUGGUGCCACUAAUGGAGGAAACCUUGGAAUAGACAAUACAGUCAAUAUCAUUGUCCCAGCCAAUGACAACCCGUAUGGGACGGUCUACUUUGACCAGUCUGUGUAUCGAGUGCAGGAACCUCUCGAGGGAAUUUUUUUGGCCAACAUUACUGUCCGUCGAAGGUUUGUCCUUUAGUUUGAGUUCUAUCCUCUUGCAGUAUUAUUGCAUCUUACCUUAGAAUUUGCAGUGAAUCGACAUAUUGCUACUAUUCAAACAUAAUUCUUAACUAACUCUCUCUCGCACUCUCUCUCUCUCGCUCUCCUUCAUCACAUCAGUGGUGGUCAUUUUAGCCGAGUUGAGGUCCUCUACAGCACCUCAGAGAUAGACAUAGUGAGCAUGGCCCAGACUGAGGGCCAGAACCUGCUGUUGUACUACAACCCCCCGGUGUCAGGAGUACCCUCUGGCACCCCCCACAGGCCAGUCAACGUCAGCUCUCAGGGAGACCCCCUGGCUGCCUGUGCUGCAGUCUGCCUGAGGGAGCAGGCCUGCCAGGCCUUCUCCCUGUCUCUCCCUGGGGGCUCGUCCCCCAUGGCCUUCUGCACCUGGGUGACCAGCGGGGCCGCCCAGCUCACCGCGUCCGCCCAGACCCUCACCUAUGCCAAAAACACCACGGCCGCCGCCGUUCUCUUCAGCUCGCAGGCCGUGGCGGGUAGCGACUACACCACCAUGACAGCACAGACGGCCAUCUUGGAAGACGGCUCGGGUGUAGCCAACCUGACCGUUCCCAUUCUGACAGACAAACUCCCUGAGAUGGACGAGAGCUUCUCCAUCCGCAUCCUGAAGGUGGAGCUGGUCAACUUGACCGUGGCUGGGAAGAACCUGCCCUCCAUAGGGCAACCGGACAAGGCAGUGGUCACCAUAGGCAUGAACGGCGAUGCCUUUGGGGUGUUUCUCAUCUACAGCCUCAGCCCUAACGCUACAGAGGAUGGGAUCUAUCUGGAGGUGAGAGAGGAGCCGCGCGUCUCAGUUCCCCUGGUCAUAGAGAGGAGGGGAGGCAGCCUAGGACAGUUGACAGUUGAGUGGAGGUUCGUGGGCGGAAUGGCUACACCCAACACUGACUUCACCGGGACGGGGGAAACACUUGUCUUUGCCGACGGUAGGUUUAAAAUCUAGUACUACAUAAUGCUUUUUGGAUAUGAAUGUUAUUUUGAUUUACAGUAUAUUGUGUUCUCUCCAUCCAAAGGCGAUUUGAAGAAGACCAUUGAGAUAGUGAUUGUGGAUGACUCGGAGCCAGAGGACAGCGAGACCCUGAUGGUUGGCUUGGUGAAGACGGCGGGAGGCAGCCGGAUCCUGCCCAGCUCGGACACGGUCACCAUCGUCAUCCUGGCUAACGACAACGUGGCGGGGGUGGUGGGAUUCCACGCCGUCUCACGCUCUGUCAUCGCCAGAGAGGGUGGGUGUAGUCCAGGUGACCCUGUCAGUCACUUCAAUAAAGCAAGCAUCAACUUAAUCACUGUGUGAAUUAUUUAGCUCUGCACCGAGCCAGUUUACCAAGCAGCCACUAAUGACAAAAUGACCUCUGCCUCCCCUGAUUAGAACACCUGUCAUAAUGCAUCAGCAUAGUACUGUAUUAAGCUGAAAAUUGCAAUUCUCUUAUUUUUGAAUAUCAUGGCUUCAUGAUCACAAAUUCAUACGAGUGCUGUUUGUAAAGGGCCACACACCUACCAUACCUCAGCCUCAUCACUUUGCUCUCCGUGGGUUCAGAGACAUCCAAUGAAUUAAUGAAGGAAUGCAAGGGAUAGUGGGAGGAGCAUGUUGCAACAGGUGGCACAUGUAGUACGUUUCAGGCAUGACAGAGCCCUUCCACUCUUAUCUGUGCAAAUACUUACACCACUUCCUAAUGGAAAGAGUGUUUCUGAACCACCUAGCUACAGUAGCUAAGGAAUGACCUUCGUAAGGCUGUAAUCAAAGCCUGUAUCCUGGUCUGCUAAUCUAAAACAGCAAACUAUGGGCAACAUUUUGCACAAGGAAUUGGCAAUGAGAAAUAACCUUAACAUUUCACAUAGACAGGAAGGCAUUCUGUAUAUGCCAGUGCAAGUUACACGGUUUUAUGGUAUUUUUUGCACAAGCACGUGCUUGACAAAUGUUGAGCCAUACGUAUUACCUUAAAAGGUGACUAACGUGAUUGUGUGUGUGUGCGUGUGCAUGUUGUAGGGGAGAUGCUGUCUCUGCUGGUGACCAGGACAGCUCCUGGUCUGGGGAACGCCACCGUGGACUGGGCCAUCCAAGGCCCCCGCGUUGCCAGGACCUUUACACAUACCUCAGGACUACUAUUCUUCACCGAGGUAAACAAACUGACCAGGGUACCUCCUCAAGAAUCGACUUUGACUGGAGUCUGUUUCAUGGUGACCAUUCCAUGUAUAGUAUUCGGUUCAUUCUGGUGUAUAUGGUACUUGUUGUUCGAGCAUCUUCUGUCACUCACACAGGGAACACUGAACACUACCAUAGUCCUCCAGCUACUUGAAGACGCAACACCUGAGGAGAAUGAAGAGUAUAGGGUGGUCCUGUCCAACAUCCACACUUAUGGUAAAUCACAUUCUCUGGCCUUGUCAUACGAAGAUAACUGAACAUGCACAUUUCAAUCUCUCCUAUUAUGUACUUGGAUCUCUAUUUAUUUAACUUUACUUUAACCAUGCUAGUCAUUUAAGAGCACGUUUUUAUUUACAAUUAACUGUAUGCAGCAUGGAUUGGGCAUAGAGGAUACCAUAGUCUGUUAGACCCAAUAACCUCUAAGGCUGGAAAUGAGUGUGACUAGUGUUUGUAUGGAUAUUAUCCAUCAGUGUUCUGUUCUCCCUGUCCCCCAGGUGUUCUGGUAACGGGUCAUGCAGCGCUGGACAUCCAGGGGCGCGAGGCGGUGGUUACCGUGGAGACCAGUGACGAGCCGUUCGGGAUGCUGAGCAUCGCCCCAUCCUCCCUCAGACUGAGCACAGAGGAGCGCGACGGCAUCCUCAACGUCUUCAUCAACAGAGAGCUUGGGGCUUCAGGUCAGUCUGGAAUAGGGACUUGAGACUAGCUAGCGGCGACAGAGUUUUUCCUGACAACGUGAUCUGACCAGGGAAAACUCCAGGCCUUAAUGAUGGGAAAAUGUGUGACUAUACUGUACAUUUGAUCUAUUGUCUCAAAACAACAUUAGCCGCAUUUGCUGCUAUGUUAAUUAAUCAGAUGUCACCUAGUAACUGUUAUCAGUUAACUGUUAUGCAAUCUAAUGUUAAAACAAAUGUGUUUGUUAACAGCUACAGUGGCUUGCGAAAGUAUUCACCCCCCUUGGCAUUUUUCCUAUUUUGUUGCCUUACAACCUGCAAUUAAAAUGGAUUUUUUGGGGGAUUGUAUCAUUUGAUUUACACAACAUGCCUACCACUUUGAAGAUGCAAAAUCUUUUUUAUUGUGAAACAAACAAGAAAUAAGACAAAAAAAAACAGAAAACUUGAGCGUGCAUAACUAUUCAUCCCCCCAAAGUCAAUACGUUGUAGAGACACCUUUUGCAGCAAUUACAGCUGCAAGUCUCUUGGUGUAUGUCUCUAAGCUUGGCACAUCUAGCCACUGGGAUCUUUUCCCAUUCUUCAAGGCAAAACUGCUCCAGCUCCUUCAAGUUGUAUGGGUUCCGCUGGUGUACAGCAAUCUUUAAGUUAUACCACAGAUUCUCAAUUGGAUUGAGGUCUGGGCUUUGACUAGGCCAUUCCAAGACAUCUAAAUGUUUCCCUUUAAACCACUCGAGUGUUGCUUUAGCAGUAUGCUUAGGGUCAUUGUCCUGCUGGAUGGUGAACCUCCGUCCCAGUCUCAAAUCUCUGGAAGACUGAAACAGGUUUCCGUCAAGAAUUUCUCUGUAUUUAGCGCCAUCUAUCAUUCCUUCAAUUCUGACCAGUUUCCCAGUCCCUGCCGAUGAAAAACAUCCUCACAGCAUGAUGCUGCCACCACCAUGCUUCACUGUGGGGAUGGUGUUCUCGGGGUGAUGAGAGGUGUUGGGUUUGCGCCAGACACAGCGUUUUCCUUGAUGGCCAAAAAGCUCAAUUUCAGUCUCAUCUGACCAGAGUACCUUCUUCCAUAUGUUUGGGGAGUCUCCCACAUGCCUUUUGACGAACACCAAACGUGUUUGCUUAUUUUUUUCUUUAAUCAAUGGCUUUUUUCUGGUCACUCUUCCGUAAAGCCCAACUCUGUGGAGUGUACAGCUUAAAGUGGUCUUAUGGACAGAUACUCCAAUCUCCGCUGUGGAGCUUUGCAGCUCUUUCAGGGUUAUCUUUGGUCUCUUUGUUACCUCUCGGAUUAAUGCCCUCCUUGCCUGGUCCGUGAGUUUUGGUGGGCGGCCCUCUCUUGGCAGGUUUGUUGUGGUGCCAUAUUCUUUCCAUUUCUUAAUUAUGGAUUUAAUGGUGCUCCGUGGGAUGUUAAAAGUUUCAGAUAUUUUUUUAUAACCCAACCUUCAUCUGUACUUCUCCACAACUUUGUCCCUGACCUGUUUGGAGAGCACCUUGGUCUUCAUGGUGCCGCUUGCUUGGUGGUGCCCCUUGCUUAGUGGUGUUGCAGACUCUGGGGCCUUUCAGAACAGGUGUAUAUAUACUGAGAUCAUGUAACAGAUCAUGUGACACUUAGAUUGCACACUGGUGGACUUUAUUGAACAAAUUAUGUGACUUCUGAAGGUAAUUGGUUGCACCAGAUCUUAUUUAGGGGCUUCAUAGCAAAGGGGGUGAAUACAUAUGCAUGCACCACUUUUACGUUAUUUAUUUUUUAGAAUUUUUUGAAACAAGUUAUUUUUUUUAUUUCACUUCACCAAUUUGGACUAUUUUGUGUAUGUCCAUUACAUGAAAUCCAAAUAAAAAUCCAUUUAAAUUACAGGUUGUAAUGCAACAAAAUAGGAAAAACGCCAGGGGGGAUGAAUAUUUUGCAAGGCACUGUAAGUAUGUGUUGUUGUUCUGUGUUCAGGGGUGGUGAAUAUCAGCUAUGAGACGGUCCGAGGGUCCCUCCAGAACCUGUCACAGGUGGAAGGGGGUGGCGGCCUGGCUGAACCAGGACAGGACUUCCUCCCUGCGUCGGGCUCAGUGACCCUGCAGGACGGUCAGACCUCUGUGGCCAUUCCCAUCACCAUACUAGACGUAAGGCCACCACCAGGGUUGGACUCAAUGCCUUUUCAAUUCAGUCAAUUCAGCAAAUAAGUUGACAUUCCAAUUGCUCAAUGCUCCAUUUCCUUGAUUCUUCUCUAUGCAUUUUUAGGGGAAUUGGAAUUUCAGUUUACUUGCUAAAUUGACUGAAUUGAAAAAUAAUUGUCUCCAACUCUGGCCACCACAGCAAACACAGUCAUAUUUCUCUAAUUUGGCUCUGGUGGUACUCUGGUAGGCUAAGUGUAGGAUGCCUAUUCAUUUAAUUUGAGUUUUCCUAGAAUUGAUGCAGUAUAAAUGUAGCAGACUAUAUGUCAUACAAAUUAUAUACAUUUAUUUUUCCAGGAUGACGUCCCCGAGUUGCAGGAAUUCUUCCUGGUCAACAUUACGUCUGCAGUACUCAUCACCACCCUCUCACCUGCCCCUAAACUAGGUAUGCUGGGUUUGGCAUAGUCCGAAAUGGGCAACUAUAUAUGUUAAUCACAAACAAAGCAUUCCAAAUGUGCAUGGUUUUCCCACAUCGAUCCUAUACAUCACUUUUAGUUCUAUAUGUUAUUUUAUGGGUUUUCCAACCCUUCCCUUUUUUCUGCCCUAAACUUCCUGUUAUGUAAUAUAAAUUCCCUUUUCCUGUUCAAUUCUGUGUAAUUCUAUAAUCUGUCUUGUAUUCUAUUCGGUUUAAUCUCUUAUUUUCUCCUCUCUCCUUUCAUUUCUCUUCUUUCAUUCUGUGUGAUGAGUAGAAGUUGUAUAUUUUACACUGAAAGGUAACAGAUAUGUAGUGUUUAUUACAGUAUAAUGCUUUGCAUUGUGUAGUAUGGCAUAAUGGCUAAUAUGCGAUUCAUUCAACUACAUUCAACGGUCACAGUUUUAUCAUUGAUCUGCAAAUAUAUCCAAAAUGUCCUUGGCACUACUGCCUCUUGUGUAAUCCUAACCAUAGCCCAUUUUAUGAAUGGGUAACUUAAGAAAACAAUGAGUAGACAGAAUACAACACGGACUGGAGAGGCACAGGGCCCAUCUGCCUGCCAGCACUCAGUGGCUACGAUUCUUCUGAUUGAUGCCUCUAUGAUUGAGGGGCCAUUGGGAUUUGGGUCGAGCUGAAAAACACUGUGGUGAGCAGUGGGACGGCCAAACCAAACGCUUUAAAUGGCCCUCAUGCGGUCUGUGCCCAGAGCGAGAGAUAGACAGUCAGGACAUUAUAAAUCAGUCAACACAUACUCCAACUUUCAGCUGGCUGCAUGUGAGAAGUGAAUGGUCCUCGUCUCCUCAUCUUGUGCUCCUAAUGUAGCGUCAAACAAGUGCUACAUAUCCUCUUUAGGUGCUCUGGCCCACGUUUUGCUAUCAUAGUGAUCAUGCUGAAGCUAAUGCUUUAGGACAUGAGCUACCCUUCCCAUUGUAAUGUUGCCUUUCCUCUUCAGACACCCAGGGUUUGGUGGCAGAAAUCAGCAUUGGUGCCAAUGAUGGAAUUCGAGGUGUCAUUGAAUGGACAAACACUAAGUAAGUGGCUCUGUGUUCAACCUCUCAUUUACAGAGAUCCCCCCCUUUUCCCCCCUUUUUAUCCAUCUAUGAGAUGUACUCUGUUUCUAAGAGCACCUGUGGUUGUGCAGAAUUACCCAGAAGCACUCCCUCUACUCUAUCACAUUUUUCCUCACACUGACUGCUUGGUUGGGAAAAGCCUACACUGCUCUCACCCUUUAGUAGGAUCUGUUUUUCUUUCCCCUUUCAUGGCUGUAAAUCAACAAAUCACCCAAGUCACAACAUUUUACAUUAAUAUUUUAGUCAUUUAGCAGACACUUGUAUCCAGAGAGACUUACAGUUAGUGCAUCCGUCUUAAGGUGGGUGAGACAAGCACAUAUUAUAGUCAUAGGAAGUAAAUCCUUACUCUCUUACCUCUAGUGGCAGACAAAUCUGAUGUUUGGUUGUGUGUUUUCCCUUGUAGUUUUGAGGUGAAUGAGACCAUGGGCGUGCUGAGCCUGGUGGCCUACAGGAGCGCAGGGACCUACGGAAACGUCUCGCUCUUCUUCUACGCUCACAACCUGGAAGCUCAGCUGGGCCUGGACUACAACGCCACCCCAUCGGUGAGGCCACGCCCCUAACCCACUAAACCACCAAUCAGAGUUCUUAAUGAGUAGGACCAGGAGUUUUCCCUGACCAUUUGUUCUGACCGGGAAACACUCUGGGCCCCACCAAUGAGACUAAACACGUCUUGUCAUUGUGAGCUCACACAUUUUGUUUGUCCCUCAGAUGCUCCACUUCGCUGAUGGGGAGAGGCAUAAGUUUGUUGAGGUUCAGAUCCUUGAUGACGUCAUCCCAGAGGGAGCUGAAAGGUUCCAGCUGAUUCUGGCUAAUCCAUCGUCUGGGCUGGAGCUGGGAGACAAUACCACAGGUAGGAUGUGCUGGAAGCCUGUAGCAUCAUGCAUGUUCACUACACAUGUUUUAUAUUGUAUUUUAUUGAAGGCCAUCUUUGUAUAGUCUAUGUACCUAUGGUUUCACAGACAUUGUUCAUUGAUUUCACAAGAAUUGACAAGUGCCCUGGUGAAAAAUGCUCUCCCUGUCUCCCCUGUCCCAUGUCUCCAUAGCCAUGGUGAGCAUCUUGGCCAGCGACGACGGCCAUGGUGUCAUUUCCUUCAACAGCAGCCAGCACUUCCUGUUAAGGGAACCCACCUCGGUGUCUGGGCUGGGGGAGAGCGUGGCCACCCUGUAUGUGGUGCGUGACCCACCCCAGGGCACCUUCGGCACCGUCAACGUCCAGUUCACCAUCACAGAUGCCAACGAAACGCUGGCCCAGGACGACCUCAUGCCCUGGCAGGGCAUUGUUGAGCUGGAGGAUGGAGUCAGGUUCAAGGUGAGGGGGACCAUGGACUUCAGUCAGUCUAGAAGAUAUACAGGAGAACUGAUUGAAGAUAUAUUGGAGAAUUGAGAAUAGAUUGAAUUGAUAUAUAGGCAAGGGCAAGAAUAUUUUAUGGAUGUGUUUCAGUACUUUUAAAGUCAAGGGAGCCUGUAAAGCCCUUUAUAUCUCAUUUUGACAUUCUCUGAUGUUCCUGUGUGAUGUGAUGUUCUAGACUCUGGAAAUCUGGGCGGUUCUGGAUGCUGAGCCCGAGGUGAACGAGACGUUCACGGUAACUCUGUCCAGUCCAACGGGAGGGGCGCGGCUUGGAGACACACUCCACACACUCAUCACCGUGCUACAGAACUCCGCCCCGUUAGGCCUCUUCCGCAUCGCACCCUCCCUCAAUAGGUGAGCAUGGGAUCACACACACAUGCAAGCACACAAACGCACAUUUGCAAGCACAAACACAUGCGUGCACACACACACAUGCAAGUAUGUAUGCAUGCACACACAUACACUCACACAUGUACGUCUAUCUCUGCAGGACUGACAGCUCUGUGGUGGGGGAGGAGGGUGGUAGGACCGUGUUCUUGACCGUGUCCCGCAGUAACGGUCUAGAGGCAGCGGUCAGUGUGGAGUGGGAGACCCAGUCGGACACAGCCAUUGCCAUGGGUAACAGUUAAUAUCAUUACAUCCACACUACACAAUCCAGUGGCAAUUUCCGUUCCGAGUCUGUGUUCACGUGUUUACCAUGAUAUACAGUGAUUAUACUACUCUAUUUUCAGAGGGGAAUCUUCCAGUGAUGGCAGUGUAUCAGAUCUUCCCAGAGACCCCCACCUCAAGCUGGUGUUCCCUGGCUGAGGGCGCCUCUCCUCUAGCCAUGAGGUUGGACAGGCCCUCCCCUGGCGGCUCCACCCAGACCCGCGCCACUCUGUACAGGUGGCAGGGGGUGUUGGUGCCUAUACAGGUAAUCUAGUUCAAGUUCAGUUUUUUUUACUAACCACAUUGCAGUCAUAGACAAUGAAAUACAUGGAUAUGGACUAACAUCAGAAAAUAAACAAUUACACAUCAUUUAGAUGAGAAGACUCAAAGGAUCUUAUUCAUUAGGUGGCAGAGGUAGGGUAUUUGUUGUUUCAGUCCUGGUGUGUGGAACAGAGAGGAGGUGCGUGCUGCGGGUGGUUCUGCCUAUCACUUCUCCUCUACAGGCAGUUAACCAGUCACAGAAAGGGGACUUGUAGAGAGAUAUGUACUUCAUCUGAACAUUAGCUUAUGUGUAGAGUCAGAGAUCAAAGGUCAAACUGCAUAGUUGAACUACAUAGGAGGCAAAGAAGGAAGAAGGGGUAGGAAUGAACAUGGGAAGGAAAACAUAAACCACCAACCCAUAAUGCUUUUAGGUAACUGCCUUACUUUGUGUUGCAUCCACAUAUGCAUAAGUCAAUAUCAUGAUCACUCAUGAUCGCAAAUGUAUGAUGUCUCUCUCUCUUCCUCUCUCUCUCUCUCUCUCUCUCUCUCUCUCUCGCUCUCUCUCUCUCUCUCUCUCUCUCUCUCUCUCUCGCUCUCUGAAUCUCUUGUGUUUUCAGUCGGUGAGGAUCCAGGACCCUAGUGUGUGUGUGGGCUUCUCUGUGAACGGCUCGUCCUAUGUAGCGAUCACACACGGAGGCCACUCGGACUCCCCUGCUGUCAACCUCAGCCUGUUCAGAGUGCAGCCGGACCUCAACCUUACACUGGUGAAGCCCCUCACUUCUUUGGCUUGACCGUUGUCUAUUCAUUUGGGGUCCUAAUGAUUUGUUUUCUACCUGUUAAGAUGAUGCAAGAUCUACAUAGUAAUCAAUCACUCAUUGGCCUUAUGUUCCUAUGAUAAGUUCUUUAUGACAGGCACUCAAUGGCAGUGGCAUUAUGUUGAGUAUUGUAUUAAUUUCAUUCAAAUUCAAACAUUUCCCCCUAGGAACAAACGUUGGCUGUUGAAGCUCUUGAUGUCAAACACUUCUCCGUUGAAAAAAGAGACUACUUGAUUGCCUCGAGCCUGGUGAGUUUGGAGGGUAAAAUGAACAUGACUUGCCAUAACCUGUGAGGCAUACCGGUACAGUACUACACAGGUGUCAUAGAUCAUGAUAUCCUCAUGCACCACAUUACUAUUGUCAUUCAAAUCAAAACGCCCAAUGGAUAGAGUUCACACCACCUGGAGUUGAUUUUGACCAGCUAGUAGCUAACUCUUCCUGUUUCUACCAGGUGUUCGUUCGGACUGGAAGUACCUUUUCUGUCCAUCAGAGCCUGGAGCUUCAGGGUGUCCUCAGUGUGUCUCUGUUCUCCCACGGGACCAGUCUCUACCUGGCUGCCUGUGUGGGGAGAGAGACUGAGGAUGCCUGUGUACUGUUCCAGUGGAGUGAAGGACACUUCCAGAACCCCAGGCCUCUGCCUGUCAGCAGCAGAGCUCAACAAGUGGAGUCCCUCACCAUGGGAGCAGACAUUCUCCUAUUGGUCGUCACUGAAGGUGACCUCACGUGACCUCCUCUACGAACCAUGCCCUUUGUAACCUCUGUAUUUGUGUUUGCAAUCAAUGAUCUUCUAUGUUGACGUUUUGCUACAGGGCCAUUUUGUUGUCACUCAGUGUGCUCUGUAAUGGAGUAUGUGGUGCAGAGAUGGUGUACUCCAGUUAUGAUACGUAAGGCAUAGUUCAUGUGUCCUCAGUCCACUGAAGACAAAACAUGAUCUGUAUGCACAGAUGGGAGGGAGUAAGGCGCCAAAAGUCCUAAUGUAUAUUGGAGCAUGUAUUUAUGGAUGUUUUGAUGAAACACCAAGGACCACUAUCCACAUAAGUGAAGUAGGGAGGCUCUAUGCUGUGAGUUUACUGGACGGCUCACAGUAAUAGGCCAUAGGGAAACCACAGGCAGGCUCAGGGGGUGUAAUUUAUAGUAGUUGGGUGUGUCAGCCUGGCCCAUGCUUAACAUAACCGCCUCGUGAAAGAAUAGAGUGCCAACAUAAAGCUCUGUGUGCGUGUGUGGGUGGGUGCGUUCAUCCGUGUUCCUAUCCUCAGGUUCCCCUCCCUCCUGUGAGGUGUUUGUAUGGGGACCCCAGCAGCAGUUCCCCCAGCACAGCCAGUCUAUCCCCCACCCUGGCCUGGGCUCUGUCCACCCCUUCACCCUACCCUCAGGGAUCAGUGAGUACACGCACACACACUGAUGGUCAACUUUCUUCACACGGGUCAACUCAGAGACCCUUAAGUAUUAUCGUUCAAUCAAUAUUAUCAGAGUUGCCACUGAUUAUGACGAUCAUGAAGAUGGUGAUGACAAUGAUGAUUAUAAUGAUGAUUAUAAUGAUGAUUAUAAUGAUGAUUAUAAUGACGACAACCAUGUUAAUUCAAAGACACCUAAGUACGUGAUGCUUAUUCAAAGCAACUUACAGUCAUGCGCGCAUUUUAUGUAUGGGUGGUCUUGGGAAUUGAACCCACUACUCUGGCAUUACAAGUGCCUUGCUUUACCAACUGAGCUACAAAGGACCAUUUAUUCUCAAUGACAACUCUUUAACAUUUGUAGUCUUAUCCCGGUUUCACCACUAAAGAUCUGUCUCUGUUUCUCCCUCUGUGUCUCUCUUAGCCCAUGUCCUGCUGGCGGGGAGGAAUGGCUCAGCGCUGUACUCCUGGAGGUCUGACAUCAGCCUGUUUGCCAUGGUGCUCAGGUCUCCUCCAGCCUCUCACUUCCUCUCUCUCCCUCUCCCCUACUUCAACACCACCAAGAGCCUCAUAGCAGCCACCGAGCCCUCAGGCUCCACCCUGUAUGAGCUCACCACGGUCUCCAACCACUCUGACUACAUACCCAGGUACGUAUGUGCCCCACUGUUCCCACGCUAACCCAUCACAUUCUGACCAGAGGUAUUGAUCAUUAGUUUGAUCAGACUUUGUGCAAAUAGUCAUUUGCGUUGUUUCGUUGUCACAUGAGUCUGUUGUUGCUCCCCCUUCGUUCUUCGUGGUUGUCUUCUCUGACCAUUGUCCGUUUGCUCUCUGCCGCCACACUCUCAGCUAUGGCGAGUUGCGUUUCGCGCCCGGUGACCGGGAGAUGGAGAUUGCGGUGAACAUCAUCGACGACGAUGCCCCGGAGGAGGAAGAACAGUUCCGGGUGGGCCUGAAAAAUCCCAAGGGAGGGGCUGAGAUUGGCUUUGGUGGUCAGAUGACCGUGCUUAUUCCAACCAAUGACGACGCCUAUGGAGUCAUAGGCUUCGCACAGGUAUCCUCCUCUGUUGCUUAACUGUGAUUCACAGUGCAUUUCAAAUUAGGUUUUUGUCACUUGCAUUUAUAUAUUUAUAAAUAUAUAUGUGUUCAUGUUUUUGUUAAUUGGUGUUCCAAUACAUUUGAAUGGUAAAAUCUCUAUGAUAUUACACACUGAUGUUGCCUGUCUCCAGGCCUCUCUAACUGUGGAAGUAGAGGAGUUGGCGCAGAGCAACCCUAUCUCUCUGAGUGUUGAGAGGAGGAGAGGGACCUUCGGCAGACUGACCGUCCACUGGGCAGCCAACGGCAGUCUGGAAGACAUCUUUCCCACGUCAGGAGUGGUGAGGCUCUCUCUCUGUCUUAUCUCUUUCACUGUUAACUUAGAGAAAAUGUAGAAAGAGAGAAAUAGAAUAAAUACAAAACAACUUAUUGAUGUGAAAUUUACAAUUUAGUUCAUUAGUUCAUUGGUUUUGAAUUAACUUCCUGGAUUGGCUGAGCUACAGAGGAACUGACAUCAUCCACCCUCAACUGUUCUCGAUCUCAGGUGACGUUUUCUGAGGGCCAGGUGGUGGCUACCAUCUUUAUGACCGUGGUAGUGGACAGCGUUCCUGAGCUGAGGGAGAGGGUCACCCUUACCCUUAUGGAUGUCACCACGGUGGGCCUAGACCAGCCCUCCAGGGGGGCGCUCAUUGACCCACAGAGGGCACAGGCCCUCCUCACCAUCCUGCCCAACGGCUCGCCCUACGGGGUGAUAGGCUGGCACCUGGACUCCCAGUACCUCCACACACAGGAGCCCCAGAGUAAGAGGCCAGCUGUUUAGAUUGACUUAAAAAUAUAUAUAUAUUAAUGUAUUCAUACAGGUAAAAAAUAUGUUCAAAUGUGGAUAGUUAAGAACAAUACAUAUACAAACAUCUUACACAUCAAGGACAACAAAAAGCCAUAUUUGAACCAUGUCUACUUUUAAAGCUACUGAAGUGUUUGGUUACUUGUCUAAAGUGUAUGGUAGGUUGUAAUGAGUGGUCACAACUUGAUUUGACAAGCGCUAUGACAUUGGUAGGACAAAUUUCUACUCCUUAUCCAAAUAGUUUCUGUCCUUGCGCAGGCUGUAAGGUUUACGUCUGUUGCCUAACGCUCCUUGUCCUUGUUUGCCUCUGCUUUCACCUCAGAAAGUCCCACUAACGUCACCCUCACCAUUGUGAGAGAGCAGGGAGCAUCUGGGGAGGUGGCAGUGCACUACCAGACCAGACCGGCCCUGUCCCGGCCCCCCUCCAACCAGGCCAGCGCCCCACAGGACUACACACCCCGGGAGGACACCGUCAUCAUGAAGGAGCAUGCCACCGUGGCCCUCGUCACCAUCACUAUCCUGCCGGUACGAAAAUAAUACAAUAUUACUUUAUCGACAAACAAUCACCAAGUGUCAUCCUGGGACGCCUGAGGACAGUACGGUAGAAUCCGCUCUACUUUCCCCUCUUUUCCUCUCCUCUUCUGUCCUCUCUUUACCUCUCCUCUCCCACCCAAGCAGUGUGGUUCUAGAUUGGUUCAGCAGACACCCGGGCUUUCUGCCUGUUCUGGGUGUUUUCUGCCUACAGCUAAGAUCCAUACCAGGCCUAAAACCACCAGUGCUGGGCCUGCCACCGAGGAAACCCACUACUUAUCUCCCGUCACCCCAGAAUAGAUCCGGUCCCAGUAAAUUGCAGUGCUGAGUCGCUAUUUUAACCUCCACUAAUGUUAACUAUUAUUGUGUUUUGUUUAGACUGAGAGGAAGCUUGAAAACAAGGAAUUGAUUUCUAUGUGCUCUCAAACUGCCAGCAUUUAUUAAGGUGGUUUUUGAGAGUAAGUGGAACAAGGACAUGCUUAGUAGUUCAUUUCUGUGGGUUGUGUGUGUGUGUGUGUUUGUGUGUGUGUGUGUGUGUGUGCAUGCGUGCAUGUGUGCGAAUGCGUGCGUGCAUGUGAAUGCGCACUUGCGUAUCCCCAGGACGAGGCUCCGGAGCUGGCUGAGAGUUUCCUGGUGAACAUCACAGGCGUGGAGCUGGUGGGGGGGUUGACAGGGGCGGGCCAGCCCAGUGUGAAGAGGCCUGGCAUGGAGGUGGCUGAGGUCACUAUCCAGGAGAACGACGACCCACGGGGGGUCCUGCAGUUCAGCGUUUCACAGGUCAACCAGAAAAAACAUUACACUACUCCCUCCUCAUACGUUAGCAAUGCUGCUGAAGUAUAACACUCCAUUCCUUUCUAUAGUGUCUCACAACACAUUACAACAGUAACUACAUGAUGCUAGGGUUUAGAGAUGAUCUGAAAGCUCUAUCCAAAGAAUGAAUAAAUACAAAUAGGUAUUUUAACCCUAUUCAAGUGUUAAUGCUUCAACAAUGUUUCUGUAUCGGCUUCUUAGGAAGAGUCCGGAGGGGUCCUGGCCUAUGAGGUGCCCCCGCCCGGGAACCUCCUCCGCCUACCUGUGGUGCGAUUGGCUGGCAGGACUGGGAGAGUGGUGGUGUACUGGGAGGCUCAGACAAUCACUGCCAGCCUCAAUGACUUCAUUCCUGCUUCUGGGAAUAUCACCUUUCAAGAUGGCCAGGUAAUGUGAUUAAAACUAGGGCCAGAGAGUUUCUCCGGUUAGGUUACGUAGUUAGUUAAGUUAGGUCACUCUCACUAUGAUCCACUCGGUCUAGUUGAGCUUCUAUGAAGAAUAAGUGGCUUGUAUUCCUCAGGUAAAAAACUCUGGUUCUGUUUGCAGGGAGAAGCCUUUAUUGACAUCAGCAUCAUGGAUGACACAGAGGUGGAGUCUGCAGAGCGCUUCGGUGUGACUCUAAUGCGUGUGAUUGGUGGAGCCAGACUGGGCGAGAGGACCUCUGUGACCAUCACCAUCCCCCCCAACGAUUCACCGCUGGGCCACUUUGGCUUCCAAGAGCAGACUGUGAGAGACCCAACAUAUUUCCCUACAAAGGAUGAAUACAGUUGUAUUACCCAAUCAAAUACAACUUUAUUAUAAACCAUUAUUAUGCUAAACAAACUAAUCUCCUUUCAGGUCACUAUCAGUGAGCCAGCGUUCACUAGUGACCCAGCUGCCAUGGCAACGCUGACAGUGUUGCGCAGUGCGGGAGGAGAGGGGGCGGUGACACUGGUGUGGCGCCUGGAGGACGCGGCCCGGGAUGACCUUUCACCUCUCAACGGAACACUGGUCUUCAGUGAGGUCAGUAGGGGGUGGGGCUAGGGUGGCCAAAGGGGAAGAUUUGAGCAAGUCAGUUGACAAUGUUUUGCUCUGCUUGGUAAUAAUUGAUGCUAAAUGUACAGUAGUUUGUUGAGAAGACACUGAUGUGAGACUUUGUGAACCUCAGACAGAGUUGAGGAAAACGUUGGGGAUCCGGGCUCUGGCUGACGCUUUGUUGGAGGGAGACGAGAGCUUCAAUAUCCAGCUCCUGGCUGCCAAGAGUGGUGCUGUCAUCGACCCCAUUAACGGUCAGUAUCUUUGGGCUUCCUCACUGUGUUUAAACACACAUACAGUCUCUGGUCUAUGGAGAGGGGAGGAAUGAAUUUGCCCCUAGAAGCUGAUCUGAGAUCAGUUUGUCAUUUUCAAUCCUAAUGGUUACAGUUAGGAUUGGGGGAGAGUAAGCUGGUUCUAGAUCUGUCCCUAGAGGCAACCUCUACCUGGGGUGUGUAUAAGGAGCACCAGUGAAGGGCAUUAGACUGAACUGUGUCCCCUGGGUUGGUGUGUGUCUUUAGGGUUGGCCACCAUCACCAUCCAGGGAGACCGUGCAGCCCUGGGAAUGGUGGGCAUCGCUGAGGCUUCCAGGAACGUCCUGAUAGGAGAACCUCAGGGAAACUAUAAUGGGACUGCUUUGAUCAGGUACAUUUAGCUAAAUUUCCUUUCGUAAGAUAGCUGGGGGCAAAGUCAUUCAUAUUCAUGAGUUACGUCAGGUGAUUAGUUAAUCCUUCUGGGUGGGUGUGAUGUCACAGGGAUGCGCUUGAGGAGGAAUAAUGGUCUGGGGCUCUUUUUUUCAUGGUUCGGGCUAGGCCCCUUAUUUCCAGUGAAGGGAAAUCUUAACGCUACAGCAUACAAUGACAUUCUAGACGAUUAUGUGCUUCCAACUUUGUGGCAACAGUUUAGGAAAGGCCCUUUCCUGUUUCAGCAUGACAAUGCCCCCGUGCACAAAGCGAGGUCCAUACAGAAAUGGUUUGUCGAGAUCGGUGUGGAAGAACUUGACUGGCCUGCACAGAGCCCUCAACCCCAACGAACACCUUUGGGAUGAAUUGGAACGCAGACUGCGAGCCAGUCCUAAUCGCCCAACAUCAGUGCCAGACCUCACUAAUGCUCUUGUGGCUGAAUGGAAGCAAGUCCCCGCAGCAAUGUUCCAACAAAAAUAAAUAAUAAAUAAUGUAUGCACUCACUAACUGUAAGUCGCUCUGGAUAAGAGCGUCUGCUAAAUGACUAAAAUGUAAAUGUAAAUGUAGUGGAAAGCCUUCCCAGAAGAGUGGAGGCUGUUAUAGCAUCAAAGUGGGGACCAACUCCAUAUUAAUGCCAAGGGGGACCAACAAUGAGAUGUUCGACGAGCAGGUGUCCACAUACCUUUGGUCAUGUAGUGUAGCUACAUUUCAGUCAAUAGCUAUCCUUCUAAAUGCUGUGGUCACAGCGUUGCUAGCUGAGCUGUUUAUAAGAAAUUGGCUGAUGUGACUCAAACCCUGUAGCUAGCUAACAAGCCCUCCUCUGCGACAAAGUUAGGUUGCGGGAAUAUUAGAUAUGUAUUUUGAUUUUAAGAUAACUGUCAUUGAAGUUGGUGGUUACUACUGAUUUUAGGGUUAUCACUAAUUACCACAGCUACAAGGUCAAGUUUUAGAUCCUAGGUUUGUGUUUUGGUAAGGGCUCGGAGUGAUGUCACGCCCCCUAUAAGGCUCAACCAAUCACCCAAUGGAUAAUAAUGACUUUGCCUCAGGCUAUCCUACGAAAGGGAAUUCCGCGUGCAGUUACACACACAUAUCACUGCUAAGGGGGAAGCCUCUUUGUAAAGCACAUUUUGUUCAUGGGACAUAAUAUUGCUGUUGUGCUAUUGAGAAAAGCAUACUCUUAUUUUGGUUGAUAAGAGGUCAAUGAAAUGUAUGUUGUAAUGAUGAAGUUCUGUGUGUGCGCGUGCACGUGCGUUCGUGCGUGUGUUGUAGCCUUGUUCGAGGCCCAGGCAUCUUCGGAGAGAUCCAGGUGUACUGGAACAUCACUCCUGCUGUGGCCUCUGAGUUUGAGGAGCUGUCUGGUGUGGUGACCAUGCGAGACAGACAGUCUGCAGCCACCAUCCGCCUUAAGGUAUGACAACCACAUUUAACGCAUAUGCUGUCCGUCUCUGACUAUGGAAUAUAUUCAUCACUGUGAUCUUAUCUUAUCUUAACAUACAGUAUCUUAUGUUAUUGUACCUCAUCCUAUUAGGAAGUGAAAAUGAAUGCAAAAUGAAUAUUUCCCAAUACAUCUGUGAAACUGAAUACUAGUGUGAAGUGAUGUAGCCUAUCGGCCAUUCAUUUUCAAUAGUAUCUUAGUGUGGAUGUUGGGACAGAGGCUGAAGGGAGUGGUGUUUGUUGUUGCUGUUUCAGGCGCUGGAUGAUGACACGGCGGAGGAGCGGCGUGUGUACCAGCUGACCCUGACUUCAGUCACGCCAGGGGCGGAGAUCAGCCCCUCGGCCCAGUGGGCCACAGUCACCAUGGCAGCCAGUGACCUCCCCUACGGCCUGUUCUCCUUCCCCCAGGGCCUCGUCAGGGCCUCUGAGGAGGAGGGCAAGGUGAGAGAGCCAGGACAGUCCGGGGCCAUGAUCAAAAACAUCCACCGUGUUGAAAUGCGCUAGAGGACGUCUACAUGACUAUUGCUGCCCUAUCAGAGCCUGAGAACAGGCUGACCUGUCCUAUCCGAGGGAGGGCGGGUAAGGGAGGGCGAGAUUAGGGAGGGAGUGAGGGAUCAAUAGAGUGGUUGAAAGUCAGAAGUGGCAUGAAAGUCAUUCGGCUUACUAUGAUGCAGCCUUGACAAAUUGCCAUUCAGUUGAUGAUAUGGCCGCCUGCUUCCCCCCCCCCCACCCUUCUCUCCCUUCUCUUCUCAGGUCAAUGUGACAGUGGUGCGUUCCAUGGGCACGUUUGGGAGUGUGUGGGUGACCUACCAGACAGCAGGCAGUGUAGCGGUCAGUGGAGUGGACUUCACCGAGGCCUCGGGGAGCCUGCUUUUCAGCCCAGGCCAGACCACACGUGAUGUCACAUUGAGUAUCGAUGAUGACGACCUCCCAGAGGGGCCUGAGGAGUUCUACCUCAACAUCACCACAGUGGAGCUCCUCAAUGACAGGUAGGUGGACCCUAGACACUAAUCUAGAGUCAGUUCUGAGGUUUCUCCCCCCAGUUAAGAUUAGAAGUGUUGGGGAGGGAAAGCUGAUCCUAGAUCUGUUCCUGUUGGUGUGGGGUUUUGGGGUAUGAGUGGGAGGAGAAUCCCAACCUUGGUCAAUAAUUUAAUGACCUCUGUCACCCUCCUGUGAUCAGUACUGUGAACUUCACUGUAAGCGUGGAAGGUGUUGGUCUCUGGGGUGCGAGUGGUGUAAUGGAGGGUAAACGCACGUAAACACUGUUUACCUACCUUUUGCAGAAAAAUGCAUUGAAAGUAUAGAGAGUGUUACUUUAUUCACUGCGAACUGCAAUCAGCAUCUACCCACUUAUUUUUUGGACUGUUGUGUUGUCUCUGACCUCUGUCGCCCUCCUGUGGUCAGUACUGUGGAAUUCAGCGUGAGGGAGCAUGGCCUGCAACGAGACCAGCCUCCAGCCAUCGGCAACAUCUCCUCCAUCAUGAUCGUCAUCCAGAAGAAUGACAACGCUGAGGGUAUUCUGGAGUUCCUCCCUGACUAUGUCAACAUCACAGGUCAGCCUCUAAGCCUCUAACACGUUGACACUAUUCAACAUAGCUAUUAGAACAUAAGGCAUCACUUUAGGAAAUGUCAUCUCAUCCUUUUAAUAUGACGUGAAUAUGCAUAAUAGAGGGAUUCUGAGGGUGGUGAUUGGAUGAAUGCAAUAGGAAAGGAGUACUACAGUAAAUGCAGUGUUACAUUUGACAUAUGUGACUGAAUUCAGGAAGGUGAACCUAUGUCAAAUGUUCAAGAUUGGCUUUUUUCACAUUUUAUAUAAAUACAGACUCAGAGCUUCAAAAUGAUAUAUAAUACACUGCAGUUGAGGGAAACAUGGGAAAGUGAUGCUUCUUUGAAAUUUGAGACACUUGUUAUUCCACUUUGGAGACAAGUAGGAGAACAAUGACGUUCACACCCUCUUAAGCCUUAGUCACACCUGUCUCUUUAAUAAUUCAAAUGUCACCGCAUGAGUCAACAUGGUAUUGUCCUUCAGAAAGUAGUGUCCCUAUUAUUCCCCUCCAUUAUCUCAGCCAAUCAUGGAUCCUGCCUUUCUCCCUAUAGCUCGUCAUUAUUUAGUUUCAUUCAUAUUUACCAGUGGAGGCUCCUCAGAGGAGGAAGGUUAGGACCAUCCUCCUCAGUGAAUUUCAUAACAAUACAAAUAUUGAAACAUUUAAAAAGUGAUCCUUUUUAGGUCAAACUAUACUAAAUAUAUUCCAUGUCACCAAAUAAUUGAUUACAACACACUGUUUUGCAAUGACGGUCUACAGUAGCCUCAGCAGUACUCUGUAGGGUAGCACCAUGGUGUAGCCGGAGGACAGCUAGCUUCUGUCCUCCUCUGGGUACAUUGACUUCAAUACAAAACCUAGGAGGCUCUUGGUUCUCACCCCCUUCCAUAGACUUACACAGUAAUUAUGACAACUUCCGGAGGACGUCCUCCAACCUAUCAGAGCUCUUGCAGCAUGAACUGACAUGUUGUCCACCUAACCAAAGGAUCAAAGAAAGAAUCUAGUACUGAAAGCAUAAGCUAUAGCUAGCUAGCAAUGCAGUACAUAAAAUGUGGUGAUGAGUUGACUCAAAGAGAGAGAAAGACAAUAGUUGAACAGUUUUUAACAAAUUAAUUUCUUCCAAAAUUAAGGAGAAGCAGGAGAGAGAGAGAGCUAGCUAUUUUUGGUAUGUAUUUUUUUUAACUUUCACUAAAUGCAGCUAGCUAGUUUAGCCUACUCAAACACCUGGCUCAAACAGAGAGGGAUGCUGUUAGCUAGCUAGAUAUGGCUAUCCAACACAGGAACUCUUCCAAGUCACAGUAAGCUUUUGGUUUUAUUAAUUCGUUGCCACCGGGGCCCGCCGUGUGUAACUGGUAAACUGCUUUCUGACUGUACUCUGUAAUGCAUGAUUGUGGCGGGUUUACUAACAUGUUAGUUCUAGUAACUACAGUAUGUUGACUAUGAGGUGACAAUGAUGUAGGCUGUGCAUAGUGCUUAGCAGUCAUGAUAUGAAGGUUUGGCUUGGAAAGAUUUUUUCGCCUGGUCACAGACAGCUGAUGUGUCAUCCACUGAAGUCCACAAGCGAAGGGAAAAGAUGAGAGGAGGAGAGUGCGUAGAUAGUUGCUAGAAAUAAUUAUAUAUACAAGGAGCAAAGUGAUCGUGUUGUUUUUAUAUGGCUGCUAUGAAAGUGAACUGUGUUUGCGUCUGAUCAGGGGUGUAUUCAUUCAGCCGAUUCUGUUGAAUUUUUUUUCUUAAACUGAAGCAAACGGAACGGGGAUAAACAUACCUGAACUUGUCCAAUAUAAACUCUCAUUUGCAACUGUUGGACUAAUGAUUACACCCUAGAUCAGCUAGAUGCAGGUAAGAGUGUGCAAGGCGGUAUUGAAUAUGUCACUGUCUGUCACCUUGAUUACUCAAAAUGCUCUCGACCUGUGCAGCUACAUUGUAAACUUUCAUUCAUAGGCUAGGUUGUAGCGACUUCAUGAUGGGUACAGGUAAAAUUAGAGUAUCAUGUAGUAUCCGAAACCUAUCGAUGUUACAUUGAGCUGGGUGAAUGGAAUAUGAAUGACAGUCAUCCAAUACGCUGUAAUAGAAAUACAGUGGGGGAAAAAAGUAUUUAGUCAGCCACCAAUUGUGCAAGUUCUCCCACUUAAAAAGAUGAGAGAGGCCUGUAAUUUUCAUCAUAGGUACACGUCAACUAUGACAGACAAAAUGAGAAAACAAAAUACAGAAAAUCACAUUGUAGGAUUUUUUAUGAAUUUAUUUGCAAAUGAUGGUGGAAAAUAAGUAUUUGGUCACCUACAAACAAGCAAGAUUUCUGGCUCUCACGGACCUGUAACUUCUUCUUUAAGAGGCUCCUCUGUCCUCCACUCGUUACCUGUAUUAAUGGCAUCUGUUUGAACUUGUUAUCAGUAUAAAAGACACCUGUCCACAACCUCAAACAGUCACACUCCAAACUCCACUAUGGCCAAGACCAAAGAGCUGUCAAAGGACACCAGAAACAAAAUUGUAGACCUGCACCAGGCUGGGAAGACUGAAUCUGCAAUAGGUAAGCAGCUUGGUUUGAAGAAAUCAAUUGUGGGAGCAAUUAUUAGGAAAUAGAAGACAUACAAGACCACUGAUAAUCUCCCUCGAUCUGGUGCUCCACGCAAGAUCUCACCCCGUGGGGUCAAAAUGAUCACAAGAACGGUGAGCAAAAAUCCCAGAACCACACGGGGGGACCUAGUGAAUGACCUGCAGAGAGCUGGGACCAAAGUAACAAAGCCUACCAUCAGUAACACACUACGCCGCCAGGGACUCAAAUCCUGCAGUGCCAGACGUGUCCCCCUGCUUAAGCCAGUACAUGUCCAGGCCCGUCUGAAGUUUGCUAGAGUGUAUUUGGAUGAUCCAGAAGAGGAUUGUGAGAAUGUCAUAUGGUCAGAUGAAACCAAAAUAGAACUUUUUGGUAAAAACUCAACUCGUCGUGUUUGGAGGACAAAGAAUGCUGAGUUGCAUCCAAAGAACACCAUACCUACUGUGAAGUAUGGGGGUGGAAACAUCAUGCUUUGGGGCUGUCUUUCUGCAAAGGGACCAGGACGACUGAUCCGUGUAAAGGAAAGAAUGAAUGGGGCCAUGUAUCGUGAGAUUUUGAGUGAAAACCUCCUUCCAUCAGCAAGGGCAUUGAAGAUGAAACGUGGCUGGGUCUUUCAGCAUGACAAUGAUCCCAAACACACCGCCCGGGCAACGAAGGAGUGGCUUCGUAAGAAGCAUUUCAAGGUCCUGGAGUGGCCUAGCCAGUCUCCAGAUCUCAACCCCAUAGAAAAUCUUUGGAGGGAGUUGAAAGUCUGUGUUGCCCAGCGACAGCCCCAAAACAUCACUGCUCUAGAGGAGAUCUGCAUGGAGGAAUGGGCCAAAAUACCAGCAACAGUGUGUGAAAACCUUGUGAAGACUUACAGAAAACGUUUGACCUGUGUCAUUGCCAACAAAGGGUAUAUAACAAAGUAUUGAGAAACUUUUGUUAUUGACCAAAUACUUAUUUUCCACCAUAAUUUGCAAAUAAAUUCAUUAAAAAUCCUACAAUGUGAUUUUCUGGAUUUCUUUUUCUCAUUUUGUCUGUCAUAGUUGACGUGUACCUAUGAUGAAAAUUACAGGCCUCUCUCAUCUUUUUAAGUGGGAGAACUUGCACAAUUGGUGGCUGACGAAAUACUUUUUUCCCCCACUGUAAGGCCAUGCUCGUUUAGAAAAAAUCAUCCUCCCUCAUCUUAAAUGGCCCCGACAGCCACUGAUAUUUACAGAUCCCAUACAAGUUUGUAAAGGCAUUUCUGCUAAAAGAAAUACAAAAAAAUUCAAAUGGACACAUAUUGGCUCAGUUUAAAAUGGCACCCUAUGGUCCUGCGGACAGGGGCGUCAUUUCAGCUAAACCUAGGGUAUGGCAAAGUGUCGUCAUCAGUCUCUUUUUCUUUUUCAAGUGUUCUACUCUGCUAGCCAGUACUUUGCCUAAAACAGGUGUGCAUUUCUUCCGCCUCUAGCACUAACACACUUGAUUCAACUACUCAACUCAUCCUUAAGCCUUUGAUUUUAAUCAGGUGUGUUACCAGGAUUGAGAAACACUGCCCUAUAUAGUGCACUACUUUUGACCAGAGCCCCGUAGGUGCCAUUUCACUCUACUGUGUCCUCUUCUCUCCUUUCUGUUGUCUCCAGUGGAGGAGGAUGUGGGCAGUGUGUCUAUUCUGGUGGUGAGGAGGGUGGGUUACUACGGCCUGGUCACGGCAGAUUACAUAUCCAGGGGCCUGACGGCCAGCCCCGGCCUGGACUACAGCCUGGCCAACGGCUCGCUCACCUUCCUCCACGGCCACAACACCAGUCACAUCAACGUGACCAUCAUAGAUGACCAGGACAGGUGAGUCGGUCUGUCUGUCUGUCUGUGUCACGGUUUCGGCCGAGGCUGCUCCUUCUCCUUGUUCGGGCAGGCUUCGGCGGUCGUCGUCUCCGGAGUACUAGCUGCCACCGUUCUAUGUUUCAUGUUCGUUUGGUUUUGUCUCUUUGUAACACCUGUCCCUUGUUUGUGUUUGAUUGUGUUCCCUAUUUAGUUUCGUGUGUUUGGGUCAGGUGUUAUGCGUGAUUGUUUAUUUGUCAGCCUGCCUCCGAGGAGUUUGUAUCUCUCGUUGUUGUAUUUUUCGAGAGUUCGCACUGCGUGCGCUUUUCUUGUUUUUUCCGCACUGUGUUUGUGCGUAAUUGUUCGCGCCGCCCGGUUGGGUUGGCGACUCAUUGUUCCUGUGUUGGACCUUACUAAAGUCUGUUGAAGUCAUCCUUGUUCCUGCGCUUGAUUCCUUUCACUCAUCCACACACAGCACUCUGACAGUCUGAUCACCUAGGCCUGCUGCUCUGCUAAUCACCUAUAUACUGUUGAUGUUGUCCUCUCCCAGGCACAAAUUCUCUGGAGUAAAGUUGAAUAGUUUUGACAUGAUGAAGUGAUUUAUUUGCUUUGGUACCUGGAUUGUGUCGUUCUUUGAUCAUGGUAUUGCUGCACAUAGAAAUUGUUUGAUAAUUCUACUAUGAUGCCGGAUGGGUAUAACUGUUGUGAAAGAGGUGUAAAGCCCGGUUCAUAUACAACAGCCGAGGCGAGACGGUUUCAUGCAGUUUUAGAACAAAGUUUGCUUGAUCUGAACGUUCUAGUUUUAGAAUGCCUCAUGUCGGCUGCUGGCGUUUCCAACGUUCAACAUGUCAAAUCUUAGCAAAAGACUUGCGACGAGACGGAUCAGAGAACAGUGUGCUGAAGUUCUGUGUUUAACCAAGCAGACAGCUAGCCAACUAUUCUGCUGCAGUUAGCUUGCUGAUAUUUCUCUGACAAGUCACAACCAUAGAGAAUGAUGGAGGCCUCUAGUGGCCAAAAGGCUGUUUUAGCAUGGGCAGCGCCAUUGAGGGCUAAAGUUCAAUGUGUUUCCAUCGCAUUUUCAACUCUACCGAUAGUUUUGUCACAAAAACUGUUGCGUUAAAUAACAAAUGUGCCUACUCUGGUCAUGGAAUCUGCGCUCUAGCCAACAGCUCGCAGAUACAGUGUGGGUAGGCUGUGCGGGUAGGCUGUGCGGGUAGGCUGUGCGGGUAGGCUAGUCUACAUGAUGAGAUUAUUAUGGAUAAGAGCGAGAAUAUGUUUAUUUGUCAAACGGCAGUCAAGAGUUUCUAUAAAAAAAAAUAUGUGAACAUAGAGACACCAGUAAUGAGCAUGUCGGAACUCUUCUUCCAGAGAGUAUGCCGAGAUGUUUGAGAUCCAGCUGUCCAGUGCCACGGGCGGAGCCAUACUGGGGACUCAUUUGGUCGCCAGUAUUACCAUCGCCAAGAGCGACUCACCCAACAGCGUGGUCCGUUUCCUGAACGAGAGCGUGAUCACCCUGGUGAACCCCAACAGCACCCUGAGGCUCAGCCUGCUCCUGGAGAGGGUGGGCGGGCUAGUGGGCGACACUACGGUAAGCCUACUGGGACCGUCCCCUUCCUCUGUGUCUGGUCUCUCUCUCUCUCCCUCCUCUUGCUAGCACAGGAGGCUGGUGAGGGGAGGAUGGCUCAUAAUAAUGGCUAGAAUGGAAUGGUAUCAAACACAAGGAAGCCAUGUGUUCGAUGUGUCAAUAUCAUUACAUUCAUUACAUUCCAGCCAGAAUUCCAGCUAUUACUAUGAGCCUGUCCUCCCCAAUUAAGGUGCCACCAGCCGCCUGUACUCGCUAGGCCUAUAGACAUCUAAGCAACUUUCGGGCCAGUUUCCCGGACACAGACUAAAAUGUAUGCUCAAUGGAGAAUCUCCAGUGAAAGUACUUUUUAGUUCAGGACGAGCCUGAAUCUGUGUUCGGGAAACCGACCACUAGUGUAUAACCACCAUGAUUUGUCUCUCUGACCCCGUAGUACAAGAGCAUGUUCACCAUCGUCAUUUCUCUGCCAGAUAGAUGUCCAUCACUCAUUCUAAGUUGCUAAACUUAAUGACACUGUAAUGUUAUUAGCCUACAGUGCCUUCAGAAAGUAUUCACACCCCUUGACUUAUUCCACAUUUUGCUGUGUUACAGCCUGAAUUUAAAAUUGAUUAAUUGAGAUUUUUUGUCACUGGCCUACACAAAGUGAAAUUAUGUUUGUCUUUUUUUAAAUCUUUUUUUUUUAAUGAAAAGCUGAAAUGUCUUGAGUCAAUAAGUAUUCAACCCCUGUGUUAUGGCAAGCGUAAAUAAGUUAAGGAGAAAAAAAGUGCUUAACAAGUCACAUAAUAAGUUGCACUCUGUGUGCAAUAAUAGUGUUUAACAUGAUUGUUUAAUGACUACCUCAUCUCUAUACCCCACACAUACAAAUAUUAGUGUGAGUGAAAAGAAGAAAGCCUGUACAGAAUACAAAAAUUGUUUUCUUGGUGACUAUGGUCCCAGCUGCCUUGAGAUCAUUGACAAGAUCCUCCCGUGUAGUUCUGGGCUGAUUCCUCACCGUUCUCAUGAUCAUUGAAACUCCACGAGGUGAGAUCUUGCGUGGAGCCCCAGGCCGAGGGAGAUUGACAGUUAUUUUGUGUUUCUUCCAUUUGCAAAUAAUCGCACCAACUGUUGUCACCUUCUCACCAAGCUGCUUGGCGAUGGUCUUGUAACCCAUUCCAGCCUUGUGUAGGUCUACAAUCUUGUCCCUGACAUCCUUGGAAUGCUCUUUGGUCUUGGCCAUGGUGGAGAGUUUGGAAUCUGAUUGAUUGAUUGCUUCUGUGGACAGGUGUCUUUUAUACAGGUAACAAGCUGAGAUUAGGAGCACUCCCUUUAAGAGUGUGCUCCUAAUCUCAGCUCGUUACCUGUAUAAAAGACACCUGGGAGCCAGAAAUCUUUCUGAUUGAGAGGGGGUCAAAUACUUAUUUCCCUCAUUAAAAUGCAAAUCAAUUUCUAACAUUUUUGACAUGCGUUUUUCUGGAUUUUUUUGUUGUUAUUCUGUCUCUCACUGUUAAAAUAAACCUACCAUUAAAAUUAUAGACUGAUCAUUUCUUUGUCAGUGGGCAAACGUACAAAAUCAGCAGGGGAUCAAAUACUUUUUUCCCUCACUGUACUAAAGUAAUCCUGCAAUAAAUGUGGCAAAGCAAUUAACUUUUUGUCCUAAAUACAAAGUGUUAUGUUUAGGGCAAAUCCAAUACAACACAUUACUGAGUACCGCUCUCCAUAUUUUCAAGCACAGUGGUGGCUGCAUCAUGUUAUGGGUAUGCCUGUAAUCGUUAAGGACUGGGGAGUUUUUCAGGAUAAAAAAGAAAACGAAUGGAGCUAAGCACAGGCAAAAUCCUAGAGGAAAACCUGGUUCAGUCUGCUUUCCAUCAGACACUGGGAGAUGAAUUCACCUUUCAGCAGGACAAUAACCUAAAACACAAGGCCAAAUCUACACUGGAGUUGCUUACCAAGAAGACAGUGAAUGUUCCUGAGUGGCCGAGUUCAGUGGCGGCUCCUGAAAAAAUUCUCAGGAGGGGCAAUUUUUCUGAUGAUUUAGGUGACCUACACACAUUUAAAAAAAGAUAUGUCCAGCAACAACAUGAAGACAGGGGCAGCAUAUAAGUCAAUACCAGAAGCAUUUAUUGACUGAUCUGGGGAGAUGGAUUCCAGUUUCUGUGACAGAUUAUAAAUAAUCUCUGAUGCCUUUGUUAUAUUAGCUUUUGGUUGAAUGUACUGUCGUAGUAAAUAUAUAAUGUUAUAGCUUGGUCUGACUAAAAUCUUGUGCAUGACCCAUUUUGUGUUGGGCGUUUGUUUUCAAUCAAUGCUGUUCCUAUCCUAUAACAAUGGACAAAAGAGUCCUAUCUUGUCAGCCUUGUCAGCAGGUGGCCAAGGACAACACCCACGCCAUAGGUCUCUCAGUUCUUCCAACUCACGAGUUCUUGCUCUGAGGACACACACACACACACACACACACACACACAUCAUCACUGAUAACACACACACACACACACACAUCAUCACUGUUAAACACACACACACACACACACAAAAAUCCCCUCUCUUUAGGCUGAACAUUUGAAGACAGAGAACCCGACUCAGAGCCAAUGCAACAGUGGAGGGGACCUCGCCCAACUCAUCAGGACCAAUCAGAAGAUCAGAACUACUAGAUUCAACCUACAUCAUUUAUUGUAUUAAAUGUCUGCACAAUGUUUUUGGGGCUCUCUUCAGAUAGCUCCCUAAGAGUUUGACGAACGGGUCCGUGCACGCGAUUCCAGAUAUCUUUACCUCUGAAUAAACUGCCUUUAUUAUACCAUAUCCACCCUGUCCAAAGUCUCUACUUGGUCUCAGUUCUCCAGUAAACUUGUGAUUAUCAACAGUACACAACGGUAACAAACAAUUGGGGGAACUCACGGGGCAGAUAGUAAGGUCGCAGUGACACAGAAAGCAGUUCAAUGUCGGGGUACAGAGUCGCUCUCUUACCAGGAUCGCGGUCCGCUCUGACCAGGGUGAAGCCGGCCGGCUCCACUUCUCUGUCCGGGACUCUGUCAUCCAGCCAAGUCUCCCAGCUGUAUUGGAUUCCGCUGCCAGCAGCGUUUUCAUUAUUUAGUCCGUUCGUAGCGGGUAUGUACACGAUCAACAAGAUCAGUCCAAAACCAACCACUGGAAAUCCAUGGUUGGCAGAAUGUUUGUAAACUAAGUCUACAAAUUAAAAACAUAAAAUAACGCCACACUGCAGGUCGCAACAGAGACGCUGCUAGCCGCCAUUUUCUUAGUUACGUUCAUGGUUACGUCACGUAUGACGAAAGCGCGUAAGUGCAAGCCCACAGACACCCAUAGAGAAUGUAUUGAAAGCUUUGAAAUUUGAAAAAAAUAGAUUUUACAUGACAGGCUAUGAGAGACUUCUGGGCGAUUUUCAACCUGACUGAAAUCGCCCCAAAAACGGGCGGGGCCAUUUGAAGCACGACUUUAGCCUGAUUUGACAUUUAGUGGCAGUCAGAUCAGAUUACAACACUGAUAACUACUGUUGCCGUGAUAUAAUUGAUUAGAAAAAAAUCCCUUCCUUUUCCCGUUUGGCAGUGCGUCGCCCAUAUCGCCCUAUUGAACAGGCCGUCCCUGGCCGAGUUACAGUUUUGACUUAAAUCUACUUGAAAAUCUAUGGCAAGACCUGAAAAUGGUAGUCUAGCAAUGAUCAGCAGCCAAUUUGACAGAGCUUGAAGCAUUUUGAAAAGAACAAUGGGCACUAGUUGCACAAUCCAGGUUUGGAAAGCUCUUAGAGACUUACACAGAAAGACUCACAACUGUAAUCGCUGCCAAAGGUGCUUCUACAAAGUAUGGACUCUAGGGUGUGAAAACUUAUGUUAAUGAGAUAUUUCUGUAUUUCAUGUUCAAUAAACAUUUCUAAAAACAUAUUUUCACUUUGUCAUUUUGGGGUAUUGUGUGUAGAUUUGAUUUGAUUUGAGAUGGUAAGAAAAAGAAAUAUUUAAUUCAUUUUGAAUUCAGGCUGUAAUACAAAAUGUGGAAUAAGUCAAUAUUAUGGACAAUGUGUUUUUCACAAUGUGUUUUUCACAAAUAUUUGGUAAGUAAUGUUAAAUGUCUUUACAAGCAUAAAUUUGAUGCAUACCAGCCCAUCUGAAUAAUUGAUCUCCUUUCCUCAGAUAACAUGGAGCAUGCUGGGUCCCAACACCAAAGAGGUCUUACCACCCGUAAACACAGACAUUGGUGAACCCGUGAACGGAUCGUUCCAUUUCAGAGAUGGGGAGGGGGGAUUACGCAUCAUCGAUCUGAGUAUUCUCCCCCAUGGGGAGGUGGAGGAGGCGGAGACCUUUGUAGUCAUGCUUGAGCUCCUCUCAGGAGACGUGGACAUUGACCCCCGAGCGGGCUCUGUCACGCUCAAGGUAUGUCACCAACGAGUGACAUCUCAAUUUUAAUAUGAACCCCAGUUGUAUUGAAACCAUUAUUGUAUCAUAUUGAAAUGACUUCACAGUCUCUUAUUGAUAUUUAAGAGUCUCUGAGUCAUGGUGAUGGCGUGUCUUUGUCUCUGGGUUUGUGUGUCUGAAUCUAUAUGUGUGUGUGUGUGUGUGUGUGUGUGUGUGUGUGUGUGUGUGUGUGUGUGUGUGUGUCUAUAUUCUACGUGUGUAUCUGUCUCAGAUUGAGAAGUUUGGUGACCCUAAUGGCAUAGUUCAGUUCACGGAGGAGGACCUCAGAGAGCGUGUGUACAGUGAGCCCACAGACAGCGAGGGGCCGCUCAACAUCUCCCUCCUCAUCAUGCGCAGAGAGGGCGUCAUGGGCAACAUCACGGUAAGACCACCUCGGGGAUGACAUCGUACAGUUACAGCCAGCAAUAGACUUUAUAGGCAACGCUCAGGCUUUGAGUGUGUCCCUUUGUUUCAUAUGUGCUGGGAGAAUGUAAUGACAGUGCAUGAAGUUUAUAAUAGACAUGCACUGUCAUUAUUGUACAGCCAAUUCCCAGGUAUGUCAUAGAUGUGUGUGUGUCUCUCAGGUGCACUGGCAGAUCCUGAGUGACUCUGACACAUCGGGGGAUUUCUCAGCCCUCAGCGGCUCCAUGGUCAUCCUGGAGGGUCAGAGGGGGGCAGAGGUGGUCCUCGCCCUGCUGCCCGACGCCGUGCCCGAGCUGGAGGAGCUCUACACGCUCAGGCUGAGUGCCGUAGAGGGCGGCGCCACCCUGGACGCCAACCGCAGUAGCACCCAACUCAGAGUGCGGGCCAACGAUGAGCCCCACGGCUUGUUUGGGCUGGAGGCGGAGCAGCAGGCGGUGGUUGUGGCAGGGAUGGGGGCUGGGCUGAGGAGACUCCUGACCCUGAACGUGACGCGCCAGGCUGGAGCCUUCGGCAACGCCAGUGUGGGCUACCGGAUCAGUACUGGGCCUGGGCUGGAUGGACAGGAGCUGCUGGGAGAGGCGGCUGUGGGGAGAGCCCUGGUCAAGGAUGGGGAGGACUCAGCCUCUGUUUCUGUAACAAUUAAUAGUGAGGUAAGGGACCAUUGGGGUCAGAGAUAGUAUACUCAAGACCAGGGUCUCCAAUUUAUUUAUAUGAUUUAUAACCGUCAAUGGGGGAUCAUGCAUUGAAUUCAUACAUUUCCUGGCAAUGCAUGUAGAAAACUUUGAAUCUAUAUAGUUUUCCUGUUUUUGCAUAAUUUGUAAUGAUGAACAUCACAAAUGACCUAAUAAGAUCAUUUUAUCAUAACAAAGCUAUCUCCAGUAUAUCAGGGUACCCUUUUGGCUACAGUGCCCUGUCGCUGACCCUGCCUCUGUAGUCAUGCUUACCAGGCUGAAUAGCUCUCUCUGUCUCUGUCUCUCUGUCUUCUAGGUGUUUCUCUCAGUAGGUGUAAACUUCACUGUGGAGCUAACAGACGUGAGCCUUCUGGGACCUCUCCUCAGCUCCCCACCCCGCCUCCUACUGGAGGCCAAGGUCGCCAUGGUGACCGUCCCAGAGGAAGCAGCCAGCGCUGAGGUAUCAGUCAAUAACUUUAUGGAGUAGGGUGAAGUUGCACCUAGACGCUGAUCUUGGGUCAGUUUUGCAUUUGACUCACUAAUGUUUAAGGAUAGGAUUUGGGGAUCUCAGAUCAGGGGAAACUUCACCCCGGAGCUAACUUUAUUGUCCCAAUGGGGAAGCAAGGUAUGUACUGUAUGCCUUAGUUCGACCCCUGUUUAAACCUAGCUCCUGUCUCACGUUACAUUGACCCAAGAUGAGGAGGAUGCUCUGUAUCUAACUGAAUUACUGGUCUGUGGUUGGUAGCCCCUCCCUGUGAACACCCAACCUCUUUCUGUCAGGACUUAUGACAGACUCAUGUAACAUGCACUUCUUCUCAGUCAAUUGACCAGCUUGGUGGUGACCAUGAAAUAGGCUUAGUCUAUUGACCUAGCUUGCUACCACUACUACCUCUUCUACUACCAGACAGUAUUAUCCAAGCAUUACAGCGGUACACAGGGCUGCGGACAAUCUUAAUGCCAACUUUGUUUCAAAGUUUCAUCACGUCAUUGUAGAGAGUCACCGUUACAAUGGAAAAGGUCUCAACCAUUCGUCUAGUUUUUUUCAGUCUGAUUGACCCAUCUUUAGUCAGCUGUUCUAUAACACAUCAUUGUAAAACUGGCUAGUUUUGCUUUGUUUUCGUCUCAAUAUGACGUCUAUUAGAUCUGUACCGGGCUUUAAUGUAGCAGUUAUGAAAUGUCACAUCAUCCCCUAUUCCUUCUCCUCUGUAUGGCGUGUGUGUGUGUGUGUGUGUGUAGGUGGGCUUUGUCUCGUUGGCGCUGCAGGUCUCCAGUGUGGAAACAGGUGUUUGUGAAGCACUGGUGUCCAGGACGGGGCUGUUUGGGGGGGUAAGGGUGGAGUGGAGCGCAGGGUACCCCCCUGGACAGGCUCCAGUUGGGUUCAAGCCUGGAGUUAUCACCCCCAGCUCAGGUAAGGACCUCAGAGGGAAACUCACCACUGUGAGCUUGAGAAGUGGUUUGGUGAAAUGUUUAUCUGUCUAUCUGAAAUGUAGAAGUCUCCGUAUUUGUUCAUUUAUUCUCUCUCUAAACACAGGAGGGAAUGUGAACAGGCUGAUAAGUGUUCAUUUUCUCUCUGUAUACCCACCAGACAUAUUCCACCUCCUCCAGUCUCAUUUACCUCUCUUUUUUCCAAACACCACCACCAACAAACGCCCUACAAAAUGACCAAACCGAUAGUAUUGAUGUUGGGUGUCUGAGGGUGUUGUCUGAGGAUGUAUGUCCUCCUCCUCAGGCUCGGUGACCCUGGCCCAUGGAGAGAGGAGCAAGGCUAUGUCUCUCCAGGCGCUCCAUGAUGUGUCUGAGCCAGCAUCCUACGCCCUCCACCUCACUGCAGCCGGCUCCAGCUCACCUGCUCCUGGAGUAGCCAGACUCAGGUACAGUAACUAGCCUCACCUGCCAGGCUUAUAACGCUCCUAUAUACUGUAGACACAAGGCUUGGAACGAGACAGCCUUCUGACUGAAGAUUGCAUUCUGUAUGUAAUAGUACUGCUAUAAUAAUAUAACAGCUAUGGUGUGAUGCUAAUCUCUGUUUCCCUCUCCAGGUCAGGGUUCACGGUGGCAGAGGUCGAGCCUCUGGGGGUGUACCAGUUCGCCCCAGACUCCCGCCAGCUGGUCAUCGAGGAGGACGUGCAGACCAUCACCCUCUAUGUCCAGCGGCUCUACGGUUUCCGUAGCAACCGUACCCGCCUGUCCUAUGAGACGGCGUCGGGCAGUGCUCUGGCGGGACAGGACUUCACUGCUGUGCAGGACGGAGAGCUGUUCUUCGACUUGCCUCACCAGACCUCCGCAUCGCUCCGUCUGUCUGUACUGGACGACGUGCUCUCGGAGCCCGAUGAGAUCUUUUAUGUCAACCUGACAGACGUCCAGGUACUGAGCCGUGGUGGUGACUCCCGGCCCCGUCUCACCCCCCAACACAGCGUUGCCACUGUCACCAUCCUGGCCAGUGAUGUCACCGGGGGGGUGCUGAGCAUCGGGCCGGGGCUGGUUCAGACAGCAGAGGACAGGGAGGAGGGGAGCCAGCAGGACAGGAAGGUGCUCCUCAAGGUGCACAGGUCUGACAGCCUGGCUGGGCCAGUGAGGGUCAGGGUCCAGGCUUAUGGGGGCGGGAGUGUCAGAGGUGCCCCUCUCCCCUUUGCUCUGGAACCCAACAGGACCCUGGCCCUGGAGGGGCAGGACUUCAGGCUGGAGUCCGCCCUGGUGUCACUGCAGGAGGGGCAAAGUGAGGCUGAGGUUAGCCUACUCAUCCUGGACGACUCUGAGCCCGAGGGACAGGAAGUGUUCUUCAUCUACCUCAGUGACCCGGAGGGAGGGGCACAGAUCACAGAUGGACCCGACAAGCAGGGAUUCAGCUCCUUUGCCAAAAUUAUCAUCCUAGGUAAAACACUGAAACACCCAUAUCUGCCUCAGGCUCCCCUGUCACAUACUCCUUAGUCUAUCCACUGGUCAGUCAAUUCAAGGUAAUGUCAUGCUCUACUUUGUCUAAUACAAUUUAAUCUCUAUAGGUCAUUGUUUCAAAUACAAUCCCUAAAUUUGGUCCCUGGGCACAGACAUCUGACAUCAUUCCAGUGAUGUGAAAUCUGUUCCACUGUUCAGUAGAAUAUAAUUGAUGAUAAUCAAAGGGACGGUGACAAGAGAAUUGGAAGCUUGAUGCACUGCAUUUGUUGAAUGCUAUCCUCAAUGUACACUACCGGUCAAAAGUUUUAGAACACCUACUCAUUCAAGGGUUUUUCUUUAUUUUGACUAUUUUCUACAUUGUAGAAUAAUAGUGAAGACAUCAAAACUAUGAAAUAACACAUAUGUAAUCAUGUAGUAACCAAAAAAGUGUUAAACAAAUCAAAAUAUAUUUUACAUUUGAGAUUCUUCAAAUAGCCACCCUUUGCCUUGAUGACAGCUUUACACACUCUUGGCAUUCUCUCAACCAGCUUCACCUGGAAUGCUUUUCCAACAGUCUUGAAGUAGUUCCCACAUAUGCUGAGCACUUGUUGGCUGCUUUUCCUUCACUCUGCGGUCCAACUAAUCCCAAACCAUCUCAAUUUGGUUGAGGUCGGGGGAUUGUGGAGGCCAGGUCAUCUGAUGCAGCACUCCAUCAAUGUCCUUCUUGGUAAAAUAGCCCUUACACAGCCUGGAGGUGUGUUGGGUCAUUGUCCUGUUCAAAAACAAAUGAUAGUCCCACUAAGUGCAAACCAGAUGGGAUGGCGUAUCGCUGCAGAAUGCUGUGGUAGCCAUGCUGGUUAAGUGUGCCUUGAAUUCUAAAUAAAUCACAGACAGUGUCACCAGCAAAGCACCCCCACACCAUAACACCUCCUCCUCCAUGCUUUAAGGUGGGAAAUACACAUACGGAGAUCAUCCAUUCACCCACACCGCGUCUCACAAAGACAUGGCUGCUGGAACCAAAAAUCUCCAAUUUGGACUCCAGUCCAAAGGACACAUUUCCACUGGUCUAAUGUUCAUUGCUCGUGUUUCUUGGCCCAAGCAAGUCUAGUAGUGUUUUCUUCACAGCAAUUCGACUAUGAAGGCCUGAUUCACACAGUCUCCUCUGAAUAGUUGAUGUUGAGAUGUGUCUGUUACUUGAACUCUGUGAAGCAUUUAUUUGGGCUGCAAUUUCUGAGGCUGGUAAUUCUAAUGAACUUAUCCUCUGCAGCAGAGGUAACUUUGGGUCUUCCAUUCCUGUGGCAGUCCUCAUGAGAGCCAGUUUCAUCAUAGCGCUUGAUGGUUUUUGUGACUUCACUUGAAGAAACGUUCAAAGUUCUUGAAAUGUUCCGUAUUGACUGACCUUCAUGUCUUAAAGUAAUGAUGGACUGUCAUUUCUGUUUGCUUAUUUGAGCUGUUCUUGCCACAAUAUGGACUUGGUCUUUUACCAAAUAUGGCUAUCUUAUGUAUACCCAAUGUACCUUGUCACAACACAACUGAUUGGCUCAAACGCAUUAAGAAGGAAAGAAAUUCCACAAAUUAACUUUUAAAAAGGCACACCUGUUAAUUAAAAUGCAUUCCAGGUGACUACAUCAUGAAGCUGGUUGAGAGAAUGCCAAGAGUGUGCAAAGCUGUCAUCAAGGCAAAGGGUGGCUAUUUGAAGAAUAUCAAAUAUCAAAUAUAUUUUGAUUUUUUUAACAAUUUUUCUGGUUACUACAUGAUUCCAUAUGUGUUAUUUCAUAGUUUUGAUGUCUUCACUAUCAUUCUACAAUGUAGAAAAUAGUAAAAAAAUAAAGAAAAACCCUUGAAUGAGUAGGUGUUCUAAAACCUUUGACCAGUAGUAUACAUACAGUGAACAGUAUAAGGAAAUAGUAAUAUAACUCUCUUUCUCUCUCCUUCCAUCCCCCCUCCCCCUCUCCCUCUCUCUCAGGGAGUGAUUUCCAUAAUGGGAUAGUGGGUUUCAGUGUGAGUUCUCUGCUGGGUCAGGUUCUGGAUGAGGACUCAGAAAUGAACAGAACGGCCCUACUCUACCUACAGAGACAACAGAACCGGUAUGUUUCUCCGUUUUUAUCCUCCAUAACAUUAAUCUGCCCAUAUGACUGUCAGCAAACCAAAGAGUAGCAACAGUAACAGUAGUGGUAAAAUCAUGAUCAUAAGUAGUGAUACAAGCAAAAUACAAUGAUCACCUCCAGCCACUUGGGGCACUGUGUGUUUGAUGUGAGACCCAUCUGCCUCCGAAAAAUUAAGUGUGGGACACACAUAAAAAAAAAUAAAAAAAAAUCCGAAAUUCAUAUUCUUUUGGUGGGGGAUGUUUUUAUUGCUUUUCUGCCUCCCCCGUGCAGGGCCUUUGAGGAUGUUGAGGUGAUGUGGCGGGCCACGUUCAACAGGGCAGAGCUGUCCCUGGUCAACAACGGAGUCAACCUGACCCGGGAGCUGCUGCAGACCUCCGGCACCGUGCUGUGCAGGAGAGGACAGGUCCUCUGUGUCCUCAGCAUGGAGGUCCGACAAGACCAGGUGAGUCCCAGGUCAUACUAGAGGUUAGAGGUCAGGGGGGACCAGAACAGAUGAGUCUCACAAUACUCUAAAACUCUCUAAAACUGACAGCAACUCCUCUCCAUUUGGACCACUGACUUGAAGGAGCAAGCAGGAUAUCCUUAUAAAGUAGCUCAGCCUAUACAUCCCUUGUAUUUCACACUGUAGCUUUCUGCUGUGGUGUCAGAGGAUGUACAGUAUGUUAAUAUGGAGGGUUGAAGAGAGAGUGGGCUGAUAGUGGCAUCGACAUCAAUGUAAGCUCACAGGAGGAGGGCAGGAAGCACCUGUGGUGUGAUCACACCCUCGGUCCUCUCCUCUCUUCUCAUCUCAUCUCCUCCUUCCUCUCCUUUCCCUGGUGGUCCUACCAGGCAGCUCACCCAGCCUCUGCCCACGUCCUGUCCUGCUGUGUGUCUGGGCUAUUUUAGGGCAGACCUCCACACGCCUCUUCCUAUCGAGCGCUGGCUGUCUGCUGUGCUUCCUAAUCCCGUACCCCCUCUUACCCUCCCCCCAAAAUGCUGGUAUAUGACACAGACUUCAGAUCUGGGAAUGAGAGAAAUUAGUCCCUGACUCACUGUUGGAGGCUGCAGGACUGGUCCACCAGUAUGUGUCAUGGGGUUCAAUUCUCUAAUUCAUUUUUAUAAAUAUUGCUUGUACUGUACUGUAAUCUUAUGGCUGGGGGAGCACAUAAUCAUAAUAAUUCUAAUAAUUAACAUAAUAAUGUUAAUGUUCCUUCUUUCUAUUUUUCAUCCUUUUCCCCUCUUAUGUAUUUCAAUCAGAUAGCCUUUCCUAAACUCCCUAUGUCUGUGUGUUGCCAUAGGAACCUGAGUACCAGGCCUGGUUCCUGGUAGAGAUCUACCAGGUGGGUGUUGGCGCCGCUAUCAAUGAGAGUGCCCGCUUUGCCAAUGUCACCCUGCUGGAGAGCGAUGACCCGCGGGGGCUGGUCUACUUUGCGGUGGGGUCCAGACUGCCCGUAGCACUCCUCAAAACCACCCGCCUCAGUCUGCAGGUGUACAGAGAAGCCAGCACAGCCUCCACCAUCACCGUACGCUACCGCAUGCUGGUGAGAAACAUACACGUAUACACAGCGUAUACACACAUACUACCAACCACUCACACACAUGCACACGCAGAAGAAACAUUUUCACAGUGCACACACGAACACACACACACACACACACACACAUGGAAAACUCACACAAAUAUUUUUUGGUAAUAAUACUUUUCACAUUUCCAUACAUUCACAUAAAAUAAUACUUUUUAUAUUGCCAUAUAUUUACAUGAAAGAAUACUUUUCACAUUGCCGUAUACUCCCACACUACCACACAUCCUCUCACAUUGUCUCCCUUUGUAACCUCUCACAUCCUUCUGGAUGAAAAUUGCAUUUUAAAAGUAGGCCAAGUCCCAUCUUAUAGUUGUUGUUUGUCUAACUCACCAAAUCAGAUUUCCAUUCCUCACCCUGACCUAAUUAAGCUGACCUAAUUUAGUGAUCUUCAAGGUCUAACGGUGUGUUUGUCAUGGAUAGUAAAGUCAAAGAGACACCAACACCCAACAGGGAUGGGAGAAUGUUCCAUGUCUUCUUUCUGGGCCCCAGCCCCAGCCCCAGCCCCCCAGCCCCCACAGACCAUGUUAAUACCCUGAUCAAUGUUAGGUGUUGACAGGCUGUUCUGGCUCAGGUCAAUGCAGGUGGAGGUGAACUGGUCACGUUCCAGAAAAUGGAUGAGGACCUAGCGACGACCCGCUCCCCUCAAAUGGUUUCUAUCGAUGCCUAUGGAGUUCAAAGAGGGCACUGUGUCCUCCUGUACCCCCCCCCCCACCCCCCCACCCACUCUCUUUCAACCUUUAUUUUUCUCCAUUUAUCCCCCCCCCCUCUUCUUUCCCUUGGUCUCCUCUUCCCUCUCCUCCCCUCCUGCCUCUCUCCUAGGGGUGGUGAUGAGCUCUGUGUGUUUGAUCCACUACCUAGCUGGGGGCCGAUAUUCACUUGUAUUCCCAGUCUUUGAUAUUGUAGAUCAAAAGGGAGAUUGUGGAGUGCACUUACAGUGCCUUGCAAAAUUAUUCAUCCCCAUUGGUGUUUUUCCUAUUUUGUUGCAUUACAACAUGUAAUUUAAAUUUAUUUUUAUUUGGAUUACAUGUAAUGGACAUACACAAAAUAGUCCAAAUUGGUGAAGUGAAAUGAAAAAAUUAACUUGUUUAAAAAAAUUCUAAAAAAUUAAUAACGGAAAAAUGGUGCGUGCAUAUGUAUUCACCCCCUUUGCUAUGAAGCCCCUAAAUAAGAUCUGGUGCAACCAAUUACCUUCAGAAGUCACAUAAUUAGUUAAAUAAAGUCCACCUGUGUGCAAUCCAAGUGUCACAUGAUCUGUCACAUGAUCUCAGUAUAUAUACAGUGGGGAAAAAAAGUAUUUAGUCAGCCACCAAUUGUGCAAGUUCUCCCACUUAAAAAGAUGAGAGAGGCCUGUAAUUUUCAUCAUAGGUACACGUCAACUAUGACAGACAAAAUGAGAAAAAGAAAUCCAGAAAAUCACAUUGUAUGAUUUUUUAUGAAUGUAUUUGCAAAUUAUGGUGGAAAAUAAGUAUUUGGUCAAUAACAAAAGUUUCUCAAUACUUUGUUAUAUACCUUUUGUUGGCAAUGACACAGGUCAAACGUUUUCUGUAAGUCUUCACAAGGUUUUCACACACUGUUGCUGGUAUUUUGGCCCAUUCCUCCAUGGAGAUCUCCUCUAGAGCAGUGAUGUUUUGGGGCUGUCGCUGGGCAACACGGACUUUCAACUCCCUCCAAAGAUUUUCUAUGGGGUUGAGAUCUGGAGACUGGCUAGGCCACAUCCAAAUGUACUCUAGCAAACUUCAGACGGGCCUGGACAUGUACUGGCUUAAGCAGGGGGACACGUCUGGCACUGCAGGAUUUGAGUCCCUGGCGGCAUAGUGUGUUACUGAUGGUAGGCUUUGUUACUUUGGUCCCAGCUCUCUGCAGGUCAUUCACUAGGUCCCCCCGUGUGGUUCUGGGAUUUUUGCUCACCGUUCUUGUGAUCAUUUUGACCCCACGUUGUGAGAUCUUGCGUGGAGCCCCAGAUUGAGGGAGAUUAUCAGUGGUCUUGUAUGUCUUCCAUUUCCUAAUAAUUGCUCCCACAGUUGAUUUCUUCAAACCAAGCUGCUUACCUAUUGCAGAUUCAGUCUUCCCAGCCUGGUGCAGGUCUACAAUUUUGUUUCUGGUGUCCUUUGACAGCUCUUUGGUCUUGGCCAUAGUGGAGUUUGGAGUGUGACUGUUUGAGGUUGUGGACAGGUGUCUUUUAUACUGAUAACAAGUUCAAACAGGUGCCAUUAAUACAGGUAACGAGUGGAGGACAGAGGAGCCUCUUCAAGAAGAAGUUACAGGUCUGUGAGAGCCAGAAAUCUUGCUUGUUUGUAGGUGACCAAAUACUUAUUUUCCACCACCAUUUGCAAAUAAAUUCAUUAAAAAUCCUACAAUGUGAUUUUCUGGAUUUUCUUUCCUCAUUUUGUCUGUCAUAGUUGACGUGUACCUAUGAUGAAAAUUACAGGCCUCUCUCAUCUUUUUAAGUGGGAGAACUUGCACAAUUGGUGGCUGACUAAAUAAUUUUUUCCCCCACUGUACACCUGUUCAGAAAGGCCCCAGAGUCUGCAACACCACUAAGCAAGGGGCACCACCAAGCAAGCGGCACCAUGAAGACCAAGGUGCUCUCCAAACAGGUCAGGGACAAAGUUGUGGAGAAGUACACCAUUAAAUCCAUUAAUAGAAUAGAAUAUGGCACCACAACAAACCUGCCAAGAGAGGGCCGCCCACCAAAACUCACGGACCAGGCAAGGAGGGCAUUAAUCAGAGAGGCAAACCUGAAGGAGCUGCAAAGCUCCACAGCGGAGAUUGGAGUAUCUGUCCAUAGGAUCACUUUAAGCCGUACACUCCACAGAGCUGGGCUUUACGGAAGAGUGGCCAGAAAAAGGCCAUUGCUUAAUGAAAAAAAUAAGCAAACACGUUUGGUGUUCGCCAAAAGGCAUGUGGGAGACUCAAGGAAAACGCUAUGUCUGGUGCAAACCCAACACCUCUCAUCACCCCGAGAACACCAUCCCCACAGUGAAGCAUGGUGGUGGCAGCAUCAUGCUGUGAGGAUGUUUUUCAUCGGCAGGGACUGGGAAACUGGUCAUAAUUUAAGGAAUGAUGCUAAAUACAGGGAAAUCUGUUUCAGUCUUCCAGAGAUUUGAGACUGGGAUGGAGGUUCACCUUCCAGUAGGACAAUGACCCUAAGCAACACUAGAGUGGUUAAAGGGGAAACAUUUAAAUGUUUUGGAAUGGCCUAGUUGAAGCCCAGACCUCAAUCCAAUUGAGAAUCUGUGAUAUGACUUAAAGAUUGCUGUACAGCAGCAGAACCCAUCCAACUUACAUUUUAGACAUUUAGCAGACGCUCUUAUCCAGAGUGACUUACAGUUAGUGAGUGCAUACAUUAUUUUUUUAUACUGUCCCCCCGUGGGAAUCGAACCGAAUCGAAUGCUCUACCAACUGAGCUACAUCCCUGCCGGCCAUUCCCUCCCCUACCCUGGACCAAUUGUGCACCGCCCCAUGGGUCUCCCAGUCACAGCUGGCUAUGACAGAGCCUGGAUUCGAACCAGGAUCUCUAAUGGCACAGCUAGCACUGCAAUGCAGUGCCUUAGACCACUGCGCCACUCGGGAGGUUGAAGGAGCUGGAGCAGUUUUGCCUUGAAGAAUGGGCAAAAAUCCCAGUGGCUAGAUGUGCCAAGUUUAUAGAGACAUACCCCAAGAGACUUGCAGCUGUAAUUGCUGCAAAAGGUGGCUCUGCAAAGUAUUGACUUUGGGCGGGAGGGGGUGAAUAGUUAUGCACGCUCAAGUUCUGUUUUUUUGUCUUAUUUCUUGUUUGUUUCACAAUAAAAUAUAUUUUGUUGUGUAAAUCAAAUUAUACAAACCCCCCAAAAAUCAAUUUUGAUUCCAGGUUGUAAGGCAACAAAAUAGGAAAAAUGCCAAGGGGAGUGAAUACUUUCGCAAGCCACUGUACUAGCACUCUACCUCCCUGUUACAUAUGACAAGGUUAUCUAAUUUCAUCUUUCAGACAGAAAUGAUGUUCUGAAAACAUCAGUUGGAUACAUAUUUAGGUCACAGAGUCCAUCCAAAUUCAUCUGUUCAUCAAUCCAUCCCUUUUUCUUCUUCUAUUUCUCCACAGGUCUUCAAAUUCCUCUUCUCCUCUUAUAUUUGUAUAUGCAUGAAGCUCUGUUGCAACACCUACUGUAUAUCCCCAUCCAUCCAUCCAUCCAUCCAUCUCUUUCUCGCUCUCUUUCUCUCUCACUAUUUUCCUCCUUUCCCACUUCCCUCAAUCUCUCCAUCCUACUAUGACCUCACACUCCUUUCUCGUUGUCGACCAAUAGGAACUCCCACGGGCUGAGGCAGUAGGCCCUACCCUGGUCUGGCCCGCCGUGGCCGGUAUGGACUUCCUAAAAGAAGAGGGCCAGCUGACCUUUGACCAGGGCCAGAGGAGCACAGGACUGGACAUCACCCUCACCCCAGACCAGGCCUCGUCCAACCCCCCGCCCAAGCGCUUCCGCGUGGAGCUGUAUGCGGCCAGCGGAGGGGCCAGGGUGCACCCUGAGUAUGGGCUGGCCAACGUGACCCUGGUAUCGGACACGGAGGCCCAGCUGGUGUGGGCCCUGUUGGACCAGCUCCAGCAGCCUCUGGACAGCACCACACUGGAUAGGGUGCUACAGGCCCUGCUCAACAAGGCCACAGCCCAGCUCACACCAGAACAACUGACCGCCGUGCUGGUCGCACUGGGGAAGGUGAGAGAGAAGGAGGGAGAGCGAGGGAGAGGGAAAAAACAAAGGCUAGACAGAGAACAGAGGGAGACUUUUUUCAAACUUGCUUUGUUCGUUAUUAAAAGUGAUCUGUUUGUGUGGGUUUUUGUUUUUGUGUGUGCCUAGUGUGUGUUGCAUUUGAGUUUGUCUGCUUUUGCCAAAGGGCAACCUUUUCCCGUACAAAAUAAUGACAGAUCUGAAGAAGACUUUCCUUUUGAAAAGGUCUCUGUUGUCACUGACUGUCUGACUCUAGCACCGCCUUUCUGUUACACUGACAUUUCAUCUGAACCAAUCAGCCUCUAGCCAAGUCAAGCCUGCUCUGUAAUGUGAGAGAGCAGAGUGGGGGCUGAGGGCACGGGGAAUAACUGUCACCCCCACACUAGAAAUGAACCAAAUCACUCUUAGAAAAAAAGGUUCCGAAAGGGUUCUUCAGUUGUCCCUAUAGGACAACCCUUUUUGGUUCUAGGUAGAACCCUUUUUACUUCGAGGUAGAACCCUUUUGGGUUCCAUGUAGAACCCUGUGUGGAAAGGGUUCUACAUAGAACCCAAAAGGGUUCUACCUGGAACCAAAAAGGGUUCUUCAAAGGGUUAUCGUAUGGGGACAGCCGAAGAACCCUUUAGGUUAUAGAUAGCACCUUUUUUUCCAAGAGUGCAUGAUUCUGAGAGGAAGAUAGGAGGGGUGGUUCAAAGAGACAUGACACAGAAGAGCUUUAACACAUAGACUCAAGCAGUGAGAGGCAAAUGCAGAAAAAGCAAACCUAAAUUGUCAGUGAAUAUGUUUGCAUUGUACUGUAUGUAUGGUUGCAGGGCAUCACCGAAUGCCACUUGUCACUCAUAACCCACAGGUACUGUAGAUGUGUGUGUGUGUGUGUGUGUAGAUUUAAUAGAGGGCUCUUAGGUUACUGGCUAUAUGUAUCUUAGUCAUAAACACCUCCAAUUCUGCAUACAUACACACAAAUACACACAAACACAAAGACUGACACUCUCUCUCUCUCUCUCUCUCGCUCUCUCUCUCUCUCUCUCUCUCUCUCUCUCUCUCUCUCUCUCUCUCUCUCUCUCUCUCUCUCUCUCUCUCUCUCUCUCUCUCUCUCUACUCGCCCAGGUGCUUAAGGAGGCAGAGCGGACCCCUCUUGCUGACAGCAGCCGGGGUUUGACCUAUGACCUCCUGUGUGCCAUGGCCAACCCCAGCCGUGUCGACACGCAGGGCCUGAGCCAGCUAGCAGAAGUGGCUGAGCGCUUCGCCUUCUCCCUCCUCACAAACACCCAGUGUGGAGCACAGGGUCAAAGGUCAGUCCUGCCCAUGGGGGAUUGUGGGUAACUCAAGCGGAGCAUCGCUGUCUAUUAUUUCUGCCAAUUUCAACACUAUUGUCUAUGGUCGACUAUGGUCUUGUGUAGUAGAUAUUUUAUUUUAGGGGCAAAAUAUAUAAUGUAUCACCCUUUCCCACUGUUAAAAAUACUAUAUGAGUAGAAUAAGAGUGUGAUUUGUUGGUAUUUUCAAAGGGGGAGGACCAUACUGGACACUUGCGCCUACAUAUCCAUCUCUGCCUACCACUGGUACCCUACCCAGAUCAACGGGCACAUGUUCAUGGGCAAGAACUCAGACACAUUCCAGUUGCCAGAGACCCUUCUUGAGGUGCCAGCCCUGCCCGCGGGCACCCUCUCCCCCUCAGCCUGCCGCCGUGUGCAGCUCACAGAGUACAGCACGGAGCACUGGUUCCUCACCAGCGACAAAACCACAGCCCUCAACGGCAAGGCAAGCAGACCCACACACACUCAAACACUGUUAUCCAGAGCAACUUACAGUGGCAAUUAGGGUUAAGUGCUUUGCUCAAGGGCACAUCGACAAACUUUUCACCUAGUGGGCUCUAGGAUUCGAACCAGUGACCUUUUGGCUUAACCGCUAGGCUACCUGCCGCCCACCACAAUUUUUACUCAUUCAGUCCAUUUAUCUGGACAAAUAAAGGCAAAUAAAUAAUUAGUUACAGGAGAAUAAUAUGGUAUUACAGGUGAGGAUGUUUAUGUCUAAAUGUAACUUUUGUGCUGGUCAUAAACAGCAGGGGGCAAUGUUGUCCACUGAGGCUCUGUCCUUGGUUUCUGCCAGUAGGUCUUUACAGCUAUAACCAAAUAGAAGUUGCCCAUAGUGGCCAUAGACACAUAUCUAGGAUCAGUUUACCUUCCCCCAAUCCUUAGUAUUGAACAAUUAUGGGAAAAUCACAAAACUGACCUUAAAUCAGCAUUUAGGGGUACACUGUACUGUAAUGGUGUUUCUCUUGUUGUGUAGGUUUUCUCUGCCAGCCUGCAGGGCCGAGGGUCACGGCCCCUGAAUAAGAGUGACGAGGUGGUGUACCGUAUUCACACCCCUGGGUCAAGGGUCAAACCUGGCCAGUCCCUGUGCCUUCUGUGGAACCAGGCUGCUGAGAGGUACUGUACUCUGUACCCACCUGAUGCCCUCAACCCCCUCUCCCAUACCCAGUCACUUUCCUCCACACAGUACUAUGUAGCUCUGUAGUGUGUUAAUAUUUGUUAUACUGUAAAUGCAUAUUAUAUAUACCUCACAUGCGACCCGUAAUAAGAUUAUGCAAUUAGGCUAUUAACAUUUUUAUCUGACUCCAUUUAACAUUAUAGUAAAACCAUGUGCAAUCAAGUAUUAUGCGUUUGGCUGACUAAGAUCAAGAAAUGGUCAUGAGAAGCGAAUACAGAACACAAGUAUUAUUUAAUAACUUUGUAAAAUGAAUGGAUUCACAUACAAGGCAUAAAGCUUACAUUACAAGGCAAUACUGACAUUAACAUAGCAUUCACAAUCUAGGCAUACAGACGAACCAUGAACUAAUCAGACCUAGCUUACAGUACCUUACAAGAGAAUAAUUUGAUAAGAGAGAGAAAUACAGUGGGGGAAAAAAGUAUUUAGUCAGCCAACAAUUGUGCAAGUUCUCCCACUUAAAAAGAUGAGAGAGGCCUGUAAUUUUCAUCAUAGGUACACGUCAACUAUGACAGACAAAUUGAGAAAAAAGAUCCAGAAAAUCACAUUGUAGGAUUUUUUAUGAACUUAUUUGCAAAUUAUGGUGGAAAAUAAGUAUUUGGUCAAUAACAAAAGUUUCUCAAUACUUUGUUAUAUACCCCUUGUUGGCAAUGACACAGGUCAAACGUUUUCUGUAAGUCUUCACAAGGUUUUCACACACUGUUGCUGGUAUUUUGGUCCAUUCCUCCAUGCAGAUCUCCUCUAGAGCAGUGAUGUUUUUGGGCUGUCGCUGGGCAACACGGACUUUCAACUCCCUCCAAAGAUUUUCUAUGGGGUUGAGAUCUGGAGACUGGCUAGGCCACUCCAGGACCUUGAAAUGCUUCUUACGAAGCCACUCCUUCGUUGCCCGGGAGGUGUGUUUGGGAUCAUUGUCAUGCUAAAAGACCCAGCCACGUUUCAUCUUCAAUGCCCUUGCUGAUGGAAGGAGGUUUUCACUCAAAAUCUCACGAUACAUGGCCCCAUUCAUUCUUUCCUUUACACGGAUCAGUCGUCCUGGUCCCUUUGCAGAAAAACAGCCCCAAAGCAUGAAGUUUCCACCCCCAUGCUUCACAGUAGGUAUGGUGUUCUUUGGAUGCAACUCAGCAUUCUUUGUCCUCCAAACACGAUGAGUUGAGUUUUUACCAAAAAGUAAUAUUUUGGUUUCAUCUGACCAUAUGACAUUCUCCCAAUCCUCUUCUGGAUCAUCCAAAUGCACUCUAGCAAACUUCAGACGGGCCUGGACAUGUACUGGCUUAAGCAGGGGGACACGUCUGGCAAUGCAGGAUUUGAGUCCCUGGCGGAGUAGUGUGUUACUGAUGGUAGGCUUUGUUACUUUGGUCCCAGCUCUCUGCAGGUCAUUCACUAGGUCCCCCCGUGUGGUUCUGGGAUUUUUGCUCACCGUUCUUGUGAUCAUUUUGACCCCACGGGGUGAGAUCUUGCGUGGAGCCCCAGAUCGAGGGAGAUUAUCAGUGGUCUUGUAUGUCUUCCAUUUCCUAAUAAUUGCUCCCACAGUUGAUUUCUUCAAACCAAGCUGCUUACCUAUUGCAGAUUCAGUCUUCCCAGCCUGGUGCAGGUCUACAAUUUUGUUUCUGGUGUCCUUUGACAGCUCUUGGGUCUUGACCAUAGUGGAGUUUGGAGUGUGACUGUUUGAGGUUGUGGACAGGUGUCUUUUAUACUGAUAACAAGUUCAAACAGGUGCCAUUAAUACAGGUAACGAGUGGAGGACAGAGGAGCCUCUUAAAGAAGAAGUUACAGGUCUGUGAGAGCCAGAAAUCUUGCUUGUUUGUAGGUGACCAAAUACUUUUUUUCCACCAUAAUUUGCAAAUAAAUUCAUUAAAAAUCCUACAAUGUGAUUUUCUGGAUUUCUUUUUCUCAAUUUGUCUGUCAUAGUUGACGUGUACCUAUGAUGAAAAUUACAGGCCUCUCUCAUCUUUUUAAGUGGGAGAACUUGCACAAUUGGUGGCUGACUAAAUACUUUUAUUCCCCACUGUACAUAAUAAGACACAGAACAAAGGCAUUUCAUUCCAUUUAUAACAUUUGAAGGUGUCUUUUUAAGAAAACCAAAACCAACCACCAUUCACCAAUCAAACAAUACCCAGUGAUAGUAACCUGAUCACCCAGGACCAAUCUCCACAGGAUGUCCCUUCAUCAAAAGGCUUGUGUGGGGGGUGAGAUAAGCAUCCAAUGCAAAUAAGUCCUAAGAGGACAAAAGAGAUCCUUGCAUACAGCGUCGUCAGAGUUCUCCUCAGGGGACACGUUUCAGAUACAUACCAAACAUGAAUGCAAUAGCCUCACUAACAACACACAUUUCAAUAGUCAGUCCUCUGGAUACUGUAGAGAGAGAGAGAGAGAGAGAGAGAGAGAUUUGGCACCUCAAAGGGUGGAAGGGCGUACUGGUUCUUAAACCAUUGUCCUUUAUGUCUUCCUUGUGUUCCUGGGCCAUUUGCCAUGCAGACCCAGAGGUGACAGAGAGCACAUACAGCUCUACCACAACAAACAGAGCCUUCAUUUUCACAUAUUAUUCGUUUUUUAUGAAUCCCCCAAAAUUGAUUUUUCUCUUAGUUUCUGUUGCUAUCCUAAACUUGAACCCAUAUAAUGAUGUGGUGUGUGACUGAAAUGACUAUUUUGGACACAACCGCUUUGCUCUGUAGCUGUGAACCUCACACAUAAGGGUCAGCCUCUAGGAGAGAGGUCAGGGGUCAGGCCCUGUCCAGCCAGGACCUCUUUCCGGCCAUGGAUGAAUUGGCCUCCCUCCCUCCCUCCCUCUCUGGGCUGUCCCAGCCUCAUCUGUGAUGUCUGCAAGAGUUCAGUUUGUUCUGCUCAGAGUUCCCGAACAUUCCCGCCCCUCAGAAGUGUGUUUGAAAAUACAUUCCAGAGAAGGCCCGGCGUGGGACUCUUGGCUGAACAACCUGUAACAGGACGCAGAUUUCUCCGGUUUGGUUUGGUCCAUGGAGCAGCUGUCUCAAAGAUCCUUCUCCCAGAUAACCAACCAGACGACAGCGUUGACAACGUCAACCUGAGGGAAGAGAGAGAGAGUGAGAGAGGGGCCUGUUCAAGUUCACCCUUGCCUCGCUGCACUAAUGACAGGUCUAAUAAAGCCCAUCAUAGACUUCACAGUCAUUUAAUGACUAGGACUGUCACAGUCAUUCUUAGAUUAAUUUCUGUGAGUUGUCAAGUAAUCUCAGAAUCCCCUUUGCCUGUCAGUCAGAAAGUAAAUUAACUCAGCUUCAUUUUCAACUGGAACACAUUUGAAUUCUGUCCUCCUUUCUUGUCGUACUUGUCACCCUUUGAAAUGUUCUGAAUCCGUUAACAUAUCUGAGAGUUAGCACAUCGGAGCACUUAAAGAAGCAGAGACACUAGACAGCUGGAUGUUCCAAUCAGAACGUCAUAACUUCAUAUGAACUUCUACUACUAACUGUAUUAUGCCUGUCCUCUCCCUCUCCUCUAGCUGGCUGUCAGAUGGGCAGUUCUGCAGGAUAGUGGAGGACAGUGGGAACUAUGUGGAGUGUGCCUGCUCCCACCUGUCUGUGUACACGGCCCACGCCGAGAUAGCCGCUCUGGCCUCCUACAACGAGGCAUUCUACACCUCAGGCUUCAUCUGCAUCUCAGGUACCGUAUGGAUGAAGAGUCUCUUUAGGUAUACAUCUAGUUUAGUUAUUUCAGUCCCCCCUUUUCUUUAUAUCUCUCUUCCUUUCUCCAUUCUCUCUAUCUAAAUCUUCCAUAUAUCUCUCUCCCCCAUUUCCUAUAUAUCUCUCUCUUGCCUUUCAUAUCUCCAUUCUCUCUCUCUCGCUCUCUCUCUCUCGGCCUCUUCCUGUCCUCCAUUCCCUCCCACCCUGUUUCAUAUGUCUUAUCUUAUAUUGUAAGUAUUUUGAAUCCAUUUUAAAACAUGAUAUGGGUUUUUAUGGUCAAUAUGGAAUGAUACAGAAUAUGGUCUGAUCCUCAGGUUUCGCCUUGGCCAUCGUAUCCCACCUGCUGUGUUCCCGCUUCCCCAUGUUUGCUGCCAAAUUGCUCACCCACAUGAUGAUGGGCUGUCUUGGGACCCAGGUACGAGGACCCCCCCCCAUAUUGUCCCCUCUCUGA